CGCUCCUUCCUGUGGCUCAUUGUUCUGGAGCGCGGCUCAGACCGGAAACCCACCAGGAACAACCCCACCAAUCGCUGGACUGGACCCAGUCCUCCAUGACUUCUCAGCUCACGUGCCUAGAGUAGUCUAGCAUUCCAUUCCUCCAUUCCAUUUCUCUGUAGGUCUCUUUCUCAGUGCUCUACAGUGUGACCAUGUUACUCACAUUUGCGUCUAAAAAUACAUGUUCGAAGUGAAAAAGUCAAGUAUGAGCUAGGGAUAUGCUAAAUAAGGCUAACAAAGUACUAGCAAAUUCUCAUAGCGGACUCUAGCUAAAUACUAACAAGUGCAAGCGAACAUAAACAAAUUGCAAUGAUAGACGCCCCAGCUCAUAAAGUUGUACAACUAUUUCAAAAGGUUUGCCGCACGCACAAAACAAAUAUUAGGCAGCAGGGAUCUUGAUCCAGGAGGGGAUUGAUUGUCUCUGCUGUAACCAAUAAGCUUGAUCUUGCAAGCUAGGCACUUCGCUAACAAGUUAGCAAACCAAAUGCAUAGCUGGAGCCCUGAGCUGGAGAGAAAUUAUAUGGCAAAUCUUAGAUAGUUAAACUUCUAGUUCUAAGAUAUUUAACUGGCAAGCAUUAGCAGUGAAAUUCAAGUGUAACUUCAUCGCCUCUCUUGCGCCGCACAACAGUGGAUAGGCACGUCACGAAAGCUUCCGUUUGCUCCGUGUGCUCCUUGUAAACAAACAUACCAUGUGACUAGCUUAAUCAGUUGCUUUGGGGAAUGGCUUCUUAAUGAAAAAAUAAUGCAACAGGUGAAAUGAAGAACACAAUCUGCUUUGUCUAUUAACCUAGUGCACAAGUUGACUGCAGGUAUUUAUUUUGGUAUUGACAGUAUUUAAAAUCAUACCGUGGGUAUUUGAAAAUACCCUGGUAUACGGUAUAUACUGUCUACCACUCAAGCCUUAUAUUAUUAUUAUUAUUAUUAUUAGUAUGAGCACAUAUGCGAGUUGUGAUUUAGAAAAAUGUGCCGCCGUAGCUAUUUUCAAAGUAUUUCUGCCGUUUUGUUUCAUAGCUGGUAGCUAAUCAUACAAAUAACUAUGUAGAGUCCCAUAUAUCCCACCUCGCGCAUCAACCUGCUGUAUCGUCUAGAACCCUAAUCGACAGUGCUUGGGGUGCUGUGCGUAUUUUAUAAGUGUUGGUCGAAUUGACCCGAAAGUCUACUAAAGUGUGACUUUUUUUUUUUUAAAUGUUAGUUUGAGCUUGCUCAACUGCUAGUGAAGAGAUGUAGGAUAAUCUGUCUCACAGACAGACAUGUGAGUCCCCGUUACCAUGGUUACCUCGCACCCUUAAAGGGGCAGCAGAACAUUUUGGUCUCACCUAAGUGACUCAAAUAUUUGAGGGUACAUUGUGCUUGAUUGAGCAUGGAACACUCCAAAAAACCUUUUUAUUAAUGAACUUUUAGUAAUUUCUUAUCAUAAAAACUCUUCCUCAAAUACUUUCAUUGUUCUCCUACAUUUUCUUUGUGUGCUCCUAAAUUUUUUUUCCUUGUACUUGGUUGCGGCCUCUCAUUGUGGUUGAACCUAGUUUAGCCUCACAGGUUUCUGUGGUCUUCAUUUAAAACGUAGGCUAACAGCUGUUACUUAGUGGGGUCUUCAUUCGUGACUGAGACUGCUUGAGACUCAUUGGAAAUAGCAGAUAGCCUAGCACUCAGGGCUCUAAAUGUUGUUGUUUUUUAGCACUGGUGAUCCCAAUUUAAAAAAGUUCGGAGCACCACAAGAAAUUUAGGAGCACCAGAAAAUGAGAUUUUUUAAAAAUUGAUUGAGAUACAGCCUAUAUUAGGUCUAUAUGAAUUCUAGAUACUUUUGAAUGUUGUGCCCUAGAAACUAAUAUGUAACACUAAAGACAUUUGUGUAUUAUAAAGGCUCAAAUGUUGAGUUGAUUACCUGUCAUUGUAUUUACAAAGUCAAUUAUAUUGAAUAUUAGGUUUACUACAUUGUGUAAAAGCACAAUUUUCCUAUUGAGAUGCAUUACAUUGAAAAUGGUACACUGUCUCUUUAAAAAUGUCAGGUUUGUGAUGACAACAUACAAGAGAGCUGUCAUUCAUUCAUUGCUAUGAUCAUUGAUCUUCUGAGGAAGCUAUGCUGUUUCCUUUCUUUCUGUGCCCCCAAAUGUUUGGAUAUACUGGUAAAGUUACCAGGUUGUUAGCUAGCCAAUGAGUUAACAUGACUGAACAAAGUGUAAACAAAUGGUUAACGACACCCGAGUAGUAGAAUGGUUUAUGAAUGAAAAAUGCAAUCCCAGCGAUCCGCUAUAGGAAGAUUAAAAAUGUUGUGCUGGUAAUAUGGGUCAGAUCCUUUGACCUGUUUGGGCUAUAAGCAAACCGUUUUCGCUGUAGUAACGGAAAUAACGGUACAGCGAAGCCUCGUUAUUACAACUAAUAUUAUCUAGGAGAUUGUUUUACUAGUUGCACAGGGCUCCCAAAAUUAAACUCCUAGUCGCACAGAAAAAUAUUUUGCAGCAUAUGCUACCAAAUUGGUUGCACUUUAGAGCACUAUCCUCUGUUCCGCAAGGUCUCACGGCACUAUUUUAGUAAUACACUUGAUAUAUCCUGUAUUAUAAUUCAUUUUGCCAUUAUGUGGUACACCCAUGAUGGUGGAGCGUUCCAGUAUGUAAGUAUUCAUUUAUGCGAAGAUUAGCGUGUGUAUGAAGCAUGGUUAUGGUAAUAGCAGAAGUUGCUCACGUAACCACAUUAUAUCUAGCUGGGUUUAUUUACAGCAUACAGACUUUCCCUCCUUCGGCAUCAUGCGUGCAACAAUUCAGAUCCGGGGGUACGAUUGCAACAGCGGAGUUAUUUCAGGCUAUUGAGACGGUGCGUGCACUGGUGUCCGUGGGUGUCCUUGGGUGUGAGUGUGGUGUGUGUGUGUGCAGUCUCUUCAUGUCAGCCUCUUAGUGAAGCUGUUUUUAAUGCUUCUUAUGGUGGCUUUUAAUUAUGCACGUUUCUACAUCACUGGUGUUGUCAUACAGUGUCACGCACACACACACACGCACACGCACACACACACACACACACACAGAGUCUGUAGCUCCCGGCCUCCCACUGUACUGUAUCUCAAUACAGAGAGAAGAGAACAGAACAGGGAAGUGAUUGCUAACUCUCAUUUAGUCUUUCUCCACACACCAAUUUCUGCUAAUGUGUGCUUUGAGGAAAUGGGGGGAGUCUUGCUUUGUUAAGCGGAUGAUUCACUCUCAUUUAAUCAUCCCUGCGCUGCUUUUAGCUGAUAUUCUCUCUCGCUAUCUCUCUCUUCUCUCGGUCUCUGUUCCCCUUUCUAUCUCUCACUGGCGGCCACAUUGAACUCUUCCCAUUACUUAACAGCUGGCACCGGAACCUGUGUGCCUCCCUCUGUCAUCAUUUAGCCUAGCAGCCUCCAAUUCCACACACACACACACACACACACACACACACACACACACACACACACACACACACACACACACACACACACACACACACUUCAAUUGAACAUUACCUACUAGCUCUGUGGUUCAAUGGUGGGUGAACAGCUGCAAGUAACCCAAAACACAGUGAUCCCUCUCCUCAGACCACCACAGUGGGGGUAGGGGGAGGGGAUGCAGCUGUCAGGUAGAGAUCACACCUGUACAUACGACUGACCAGGUCUAUCUGUUAACUGACAUGGUGCAUGGUGCAUGGUGCGUGUGUGCUGUAAACGCCUCCCAGGCCUGACAUAGUAAUUAAGCCUUUUAAUACAUCCGUUUACUCUCUGCUUGAGAUGAGACACCGUUACAGUGCAUUCGGAAAUUAUUCAUACCCCUUGGCUGUAACGUAACACUUUGUUACGUUACAGCCUUAUUCAGCCUUAUUCUAAAAUUGAUUCAAUUACAUUUUUUCCCUCAUCACUCUACACACAAUACCCCAUAAUGACAAAGCGAAAACAAUAGGUUUUUUAGACAACUGAUACCUUAUUUACAUAAGUAUUCAGACCCUUUGCUAUGAGACUUGAAAUUGAGCUCAGGUGCAUCCUGUUUCUAUUGAUCAUCCUUGAGCUGUUUCUACAACUUGAUUGGAGUCCACCUGUGGUAAAUUCAAUUGAUUGGACAUGAUUUGGAAAGGCAUACACCUGUCUAUAUAAGGUCCCACAGUUGACAGUUCAUGUCAGAGCAAAAACCAAGCCAUGAGGUCGAAGGAAUUGUCCAUAGAGCUCUGAGACAGGAUUGUGUCAAGGCACAGCUCUGGGGAAGGGUAGCAAAAAUGUUUUUCAGCAUUGAAGGUCCCCAAAAACACAGUGGCCUCCAUCAUUCUUAAAUGGAAGUUUAGAACCACCAAGACUCUUCCUAGAGCUGGCCACCCGACCAAACUGAGCAAUCUGGGGAGAAGGGCCUUGUUCAGGGAGGUGACCAAGAACCCGAUGGUCACUCUGACAGAGCUCCAGAGUUCCUCUGUGGAGAUGGGAGAAUCUUCCAGAAGGACAACCAUCUCAGCAGCACUCCACCAGUCAGGCCUUUAUGAUAGAGUGGCCAGACGGAAGCAACUCCUCAGUAAAAGGCACAUGACAGCCCGCUUGGAGUUUGCCAAAAGGCACCUAAAGGACUCUGACCAUGAGAAAAAAGAUUCUCUGGUCUGAUGAAACCAAGAUUGAACCUUUUGGCCUGAAUGCCAAGCGUCACAUCUGGAGGAAACCUGGCAUGGUGGUGGCAGCAUCAUGCUGUGGGGAUGUUUUUCAGCGGCAGGGACUGGGAGACUAGUCAGGAUCGAGCAAAGUACAGAGAUAUCCUUGUUGAAAAUCUGCUCCAGAGCACUCAGGACCUCAGACUGGGGCGAAGGUUCACCUUCCAACAGGACAACGACCCUAAGCACCCAGCCAAGAACGCAGGAGUGGCUUCAGGACAAGUCUCAAUGUCCUUGACUUGAACCCGAUCAAACAUCUCUGGAGAGACCUGAAAAUAGCUGUGCAGCAACGCUCCCCAUCCAACCUGACAGAGCUUGAGAGGAUCUGCAGAGAAGAAUGCGAGAAACUCCCCAAAUCCAGGUGUGCCAAGCUUGUAUGGUCAUACCUAAGAAGAGUCAAGGCUGUAAUCGCUGCCAAAGGUGCUUCAACAAAGUACUGAGUAAAGGGUCUGAUAUUUAAGUUUUUAUUUGUUAUACAUUUGCAAAAAUUGUGUGUAGAUUUGAUGAGGGGGAAAAACGAUUUAAUCAAAUUUAGUAUAAUGCUGUAACGUAACAAAAUGUGGAAAAAGUCAAGGGGUCUGAAUACUUUCCGAAUGCACUGUUUGUUAUUGACUUGUCCAUGUCAUUCACUGAGUAAAGUGUCUAGGUUAAAGACAGAGAGGCGGGGGCAGAUGGAGAUACAGAGAGCGAGAUACCAGAGAGAAAGACACGAGUCAGACAAAAGUUGAGAAAGAGAGGGAGGAGAUCGAGAGACCAGACAAGAGGGAGCGAGACCAGACAAGAGCGAGCGAGAACAGAGCGCGAGACCAGAGAAAGAAACCAACCGCCGGUGACAGAGAAUGAGAACUAGUGAGCAGCCAGGCAGGUGUGUGUGUGACAAACUGGCAAUGGGUGAUGAUAAAUGGUGGUAGCCUGCUCUGCUGUAUUGAUACUAGAGUGACUCAGUGCUGCUGCUUUGACUGUCAUUGUUGCGUAAGCGAACGGCGCCACUGAAAUACAGGCCAAUGUAUCGUCACACACGGUCCCCUGUGCCUCACUUCCGUGCCCUGGGCUGACUGACUGAUGGGGUCCUGGGUGUUAUGGUCAGAGGUUAGAGGUCACUUUGACUGUAAAUAGUGAUACAUGCACUAUAGGGACAUGUGAUCUCUGGCCUUAUGAGCAAUUUACCAUUGGGCGAUUCCACGUCAGAGGGAGCAGAAAAUAUUUUUGGUGUCCAAAUUUCUGCCAGUUCUUACAUAGAAGCUUUAUUGGGAGGAAGGAUGUUUGACAUGCUUUGUACAUUUGUAUCAAUGACCAUUUCUUUGAAAAUCAUGAUGCAAGUGGCCAUUUUAGGCAAUUCUUAGACCUAUACAUGCCUCCUGGAAGACCUUAUUAUCCAUGAACCGUACAUAAUACAGACAACAUCUUUGUUUCAUUAUACUCCUUAUAGUGUGUUCUAACAUAUGGAGUAUGUCUAGAUUCUGAAAUACACAUUUUUACAUGACUUUAUUCCGACAUAUUAAUAUGAAUAUCUCAAAACUACUCUUUUAGAUUUUGUUCAUUUUAAGACAUAUUGUUUGUGACAAUAUACUCUACAAGUACAUCAUAUUUCCAGAGUGGGCUCUGAAAUGAAGGUUCAAUGUGAGAAUUGCCAGAACAAUCUGAGAUGCCAAAAAUGUUUUCCACUGAAUGCGUUCAACUGAACAGUGGAUGCUCAGGAGCAGAAAGUCUGUCUCGCGCUGUUGGCGGUAGGUGCACCCGAUUCAGCUGCCCUGUGCGCUGGGUAGGCGACGUGUUCCCAUUUUGAACCAUUUCAUAUGUCUGAAGGUACAAACUCUGCCUUCCUGGCAGGCCCUGGGGAGCAAAUCAAGUGCGCUGUAGGCCUACCACUGGCCAAUCGGAUGGCUCAGAUUAGUGUCUGCCGUAACGUAGCAGACAUAAAAGAACGCUACAGCAAAGUUGAUACUGUGAUUUUUCUACAUUUUUAGCGAGAGACUGUCAACGAAUUCCUCAAAAGCUGCUGUUUCUAUGAGUUCAUGUUUAAGUUUUUACUCAGCACUGUCAACAUUUUCUAUUCAACACUUUUAUAAGCCAUAAAAUGCACGAUCUCCCUACUUCCACUCGCUCUACAACCAGAACUCCAGCUGUAAUGAAUGAGUAGGAAAGUGUAUCGAUAGGCUUGCGUUGUUAUUAUUAGUGGCUUGGGUCUUUUUUAAUAUCAAUGAAUAUUUCACUUUCUCAGUUCAUAGGAGUAACAACAUGAAUAUGUGCAUGAGGCAGAAAUAAUGCGGUGUGACUCCAGUUUCGCCAUCAGCUGGAAGACGGUGUCCCUUUUUGGUCAGUGUCAGCAGAGGAAAGGGAGAGCAGAGGGACGUUAAGUGCAGUGGCGGUGGUGACGUUUAUGAUGAGGGAGGACGAUUAUAUAUUUUUAUUUCUAUAACAUCAUAUAGGAUGACUACAUUCAUAUUCCAUUCACCCAGCUCAAUGUAACAUCGAUAGGUUUAGGCUACUAGGUUGAGAGAAAAAUGUGGCUAAUCAAGGUGACAGACACAUUCAAUACCGCCUUGCACACUUGCCUGCACCUAGCUGAUCGAGGGUGUAAUCAUUUGUCCCACAGUUGCAAAUGUUGGUUUCUAUUCGACAGAUUCAGGUACAGUAUGUUUAUCCCCAUUUCGUUCCGUUUGCUUCCGUUUAAAGAAAUGUUUUUCAACAGAAUUGUUUGAAUGAAUACACCCCUGAUCACACGCUAACACAGUUCACUUUCAUAGCAGCCACACACAAAGAGUAUGAUCACUUUGCUCGUUGUAUAAUUCCUUCUCACAUCUACGCUCUCUCCUCCUCUCACCUUUUCCCUUUGCUUGUGGACUACAGUGCACAACACAUCAGCUGUCUGGGACCAGGCUAAGAAACCUUUCCAAGCCAAACCUUCAUAUUAUAACCACUAACCGCUACACACAGCCCACAUCGUUGUCACCAUAUUAGCUAACGUCAUACCAAUGAUUUUUAUAACUAACCCAAGAUAGACCAGAGCCUGUCGUUUCCAAUGGGAGCAAAUGAAUCAUAGUGGGUAAAACAAGCAAGGAGUUGGGCAGAGCCAAGGACGAGCUAGUGAGAUCCUAUUGGCGCGUUCUAACAUUUAUUUGCAUAUUUCCGCUAGGAAACGCCUACUCUGUGUGCGUGUGCAAUAACUCAAUUUGCCCUCCUUCUAAACAACGCAGUUUUUAGAAACUUAGAAACAAAGGGUAAAGUCUACAAAACGCAGUCCACUCUGCUUGUUACAGAUUCUAGCUUUGGAAACAGAAAACUGUAUGGAGAUCAAAUAUUUCAUAGAGUAGUUUGCAUAAUGUCUGCCAAAAUCCAUCUCGCUCCAUCUUCUCCCACUGCCGGCCACUGGGCUUCCUCUCAUCACCAUAUUUGGUAGUGAGUGUAAACGCCAACCGGAUGCUUCACAUUUAUACAUCCGGUGAAAUAUCUUAUCAUUGUUGUGUCUGUGGUCAUAGUCAACAUAGCUACUAUAACUAACGUGUUAGUAAACCACUACAAUAAUGCAGUACAAUAAGCAAGCAGUUUAGCAGUUACACCGGCGGGCCCCGAUGGCAAUAAAUUAAUAAAACCAAAAGCUUAUUGGAAGAGUUACAGUGUUGGAUAUCCAUAGCCAGCUAGCGAACAUAGCAUCCCUCUCUGUAUGAACCGGGUGUUUUGAGUAAGCUAAAUUAGUUUGCUGCAUUCACUAGCUAAGUGAAAGUGAAAAAAAUGCAACAAAAUAUAGCUAGCUCUCUCUCUCUGUUGCUUCUCCAUCCAGCUGUAGCUUAUGCUUUCAGUACUAGAAUUAUUCUCUGAUCCUUUGAUUGGGUGGACACAUGUCAUUUCAUGCUGCAAGAGCUCUGAUAGGUUGGAGGACAUCCUCCGGAAGUUGUCAUAAUUGUCUAUGGAACGGGGUGAGAACCAUGAGCCUCCUAGGUUUUGUAUUGAAGUCAAUGUACCCAGAAGAGGACGGAAACUAUCGGUCCUCCGACUACACGAUGGCGCUACCCUACAGAGUGCUGUUGAGGCUACUGUAGACCUUCUUUGCAUAACAGUGUGUUUUAAUCAAUUAUUUGGUGAUAUGAAAAUAUUUAGUAUAGUUUUAUCUUAAAAGGAUAACUUUUAAAAUAUUUCACCUCUUUUCUGAGUCUGCUGCCCUCUCCCUACGCAGAGACUGACCAUCAGAUGCAGGCUCCAUCCAGUAAAAUAAAAAAAAAAGCAAAUUAUAACAAGAUAUGCUCACUCAGCUGUACCUCACAAGUAAUACAAAAACUGAUAUGUUACCGGUGUGAUCAUUUAGCCUACCUCAGAUGUUGAAAUAUAUAUUUGUUAAAUGAUCUGAGAAAAACAGCAAUGCAUUGGCAGGGCAAUUCAAGCAAAGCCAAAAUGUUGUGAUAAUGUUUUAAGCCUAUUUUUAAAUAUGUUAAUGUUACAUAGGCUUACAUUUUUUAAGUCAUGUAAAAAAAUCUGAAUGGUAGAUCUCGGCUUCCGUUUUGACUCAGAAAGUGAUGACCACUGCUCUAAAAGGUGCACCUAGUCUGAGAGACUAUUGAUCAAGCCAGAGAGAAACAGGAACAGCAGUGUGUUGCGUUGUCUCUCUUCCCCCGGGGUUUGUACUGCAUGUGUCUAGACAGUCCCUCUCUCUGUUCCACUGCUGCUGGCACUAAAAGAGACAGACACAGACAGAACACGCACACUUUUAAUAGGCUAUCCCCUCUAAAGAGAACACUAGCUAAUAGCUGCCUAUCUGAAGCUCUACUGUCUUUCAGCCUUUGUGAUUUUAGGCCAUUUCAUGUGUAUUAGGUACCACCAGUACCACCUUUUGUCAUGGUCCCUGCUUUUUUAACUGAAGUUAAUUGCGUUGCCCUUAGAAUUGAAAACGAGUGAGGCAGUUUCUAUCUCUUGAAUGAAUGUCAAGACAUGAUCUGAGCAUUGUAGUUUGGGGGCAGCCAGUCAUGUUGAUAUCAGGCUAGAUGUUGGAUCAAAUAAUAGUACACUGUUGAAUCAUAAUUCAGAGAAAUAGACUGAAUUAAAUUGAGGGUUAAAGGCUAAAUGGGGUCAUGAUAGCUAUAUAUAACUGGAUGGAUAUCUCAAUAUUAUUUCUAGCUCUCCUCCUAGGGAGGUGUGUCUAGGAGUCAUACUGGAUGGAUGUCUCAUAACGACAACACCAAACGCUGGCUACUUGUUCUAGAUAGAAGCCUGGUGAUCUAUGGCUGCUUUCAAGGGCUGGUUGUAAGGAGAUGGAGGAAGAGAGGGAUGAAGAGGAGAAUGGCUUUUUUUCUCUUUUACCUCUCUUUCCUGGUGGCUUACAAUAGGGCUGUUUAUUAUUUAUCUCCUGCCUCUGUCGGUCUGUGUGUGCAGCAGACAGAGGGAGGUAGAGAGGGAGAAGAUGGGGGGGAAGGGGGAAUUCACCCGGGAGGAGAGAAGCGUGGAUCGCUCCCCUCUCUCCUAAAUCUCUUUAACAAUCUGUCAGCGGCUUGGGGAAACUCUGCAAAAUGACUCUGCCAUUGGGUAGUGGCCAAAUGACCAAAACAAAAGUGAAAAAAAUUAGUCUUGUAUUGCUUGUAGGGUUGACAAAUUAUUAUAAACUCAGCAAAAAAAGAAAUGUCCCUUUUUCAGGACCCUGUCUUUCAAAGAUAAUUCGUAAAAAUCCCAAUAACUUCACAGAUCUUCAUUGUAAAGGGUUUAAACACUUUUUCCCAUGCUUGUUCAAUGAACCAUAAACAAUUAAUGAACAUGCACCUGUGGAAUGGUCAUUAAGACACUAACAGCUUACAGACGGUCGGCAAUUAAGGUCACAGUUAUGAAAACUUAAGACACUAAAGAGGCCUUUCUACUGACUCAUGCAAAGGAUUGUUACCUCUAACCAGGAUUGCCAUUACAAAAAUUGCAUUUUUGGCAAGCAAUUAUUAUUUUAGCAAACAAUUAUUGUGAAUCAUCCUAUAUUGUCCCUAAUGUCUUUACUCCCUAGCCACAGUUGUGGGAUACAUACAAACACACACAAAAACACUCAUACACACUCAACCCCUUUCCCCCACAAACAACCAUAAACUCAAUGCUCAACAGUUGUUCCAUCCCAGAGCCCAACUCAAGAAAGGACUUGAUUUAUGAAUGCAUAUACAGUUGCAGCUGUUUGAGAAGGCAUGCAAAAACGGGCAAAAUGGGGAGAUUUGAUUAACCAUUGUCAAGUCCUAGGUGAUGGAGAUCAUGAUACACCCCCUUCCCCUGAAACGCACACACGCUGGUCCCCCGUUUUGACCAUUUUCCCAAGCAUCUCUGUGCAGUCAGACCUUUGAUUAUUUUGUGCCACCAGGGCCACAAUAAUAUGCCCCCUCUCUGAAUGUCAGAGUGUGACCCUCCCCUCCCCAUGGGUUUCUGCAGCUAGUGUUGCAGCACUGCCACUACCUGGGUGGGGGCACCCCACUGGAAUCCCCACCGGCUAAGUACAAGUUCGUCAAGGUUCUCAUUAGCAGCUUUGAGAAUUUCCUUGUAUAUUAUGUUCUCCCAUCAGGGGGCUUUGGCUUUGUAGGACCAACCCUGCCAGGCAGGCUCAGAAUGUUGAGGGGGCGGUACUGCUUUAGUAGGUCUCUGACCGCAUUCAUCUUUCUGAUUUGGCUGCGUAUAGGCUACUGACAGUAGGCCCAUAAAACAGAUAAGGACUUCUCCUUAGUGUAUUGGUUGCUCAGGUGGGUGUCUAGGGCAUAGGGUUGGGGACCGUUCCAUCAUGAUAGCACAAUAAAUAAAUAAACUAUAUUUAUAAUUUAUUUUAAAAUGUAUAUCCCAUAUCUGCACAAAAUUGAAAGCUCUCUCUCACAACCCCUGCUCACAAACACACAUGGGCUCUGGGAUUUGCAACCAUUAUCAUUUUUAACUCACUUAACUCCAAACUUUUCCAAAAAACACACACCCCACCUUCCAUCACAAUACAUCCGCACAUACCCACAUACUGUGCCUUCUAUGUCCUCUGUUUGCUGUGUUUUAUCUCUACCAUGUUGAUUACUUUUGUGUUCCAGUUCCUUAUAUUUGAAGAUGGAUUAUUUCACUAAUUAUCCUUCCUUCUAAUGCUGUCUUAUCAAUUUAUGAAAUACUAUAAAUGGAAAGUCUAAUACUAAUUAUUUUCCAACAUUCCCUAUCUAGAAUGGUAUAGUGUAGUUGUAGUUUAUUUCUUUAACAAUUGUUGUAUUUGAUUGCUUUUCUAUAUUUUUUUUAUUACAAUCCCUACCAUGGCUAGUAUUGGGUGUUCCAUCAUUCGACUCCUUUGUAAUAUUUAGAAUAGCCAUUUAGAAUGAAUGAGACUUACUUAGUUUAGCUUUAAUGAUUCCCAAAUAGACAACAUAAUUAUUUUUACUCAUUAUUUAGUUACUUCUGUCUUUAAAUCAGUAAUCAUAUUCUGGCAUUUCAAAUGAAAAACACAAUUUCUUAUAUAAUGAUGAUAACCAAUUGUCUGACUAUUAUAUUUUUGGUAAGAUUAACAGUAAUUUCACUAAACCUAAAUAAAAAAGCCAUUAUAUUUUAUUAUAAUAUUACCUGCCUCAUGCUUAACAAUUAUUUGUACAUUUUGUCCAGGACAACACCAUUUUUCAGUGUGUGCAUGCGCAUGCUUGAGCGCCUGUGUGUCUGUUAGCUCCUGUAUGCGUGUGUCCACGCACUCCCUAUCAGCCUGGCCUCUCCAAGAUAGGAGCAGAGCCUGGUAGUGAGUCGACCAGACUAGACUGCGACCAGCAGCAGUGUUAUCAAUCAGGGGAAGCUGUGGAAAUGUGAACAUGAUUAGACCUGAUAGCAUCUCUGUUGUACCCUCAGCUGUACACAGACAGAUAGGACUACACCAGCCUGGCUGCUACUACUGGGCCCUACUGCGCUGGCACACACAGCUACAGCAAUGGCAUUUUGUCAGGGCUAUGAUCAUUGAUUGGCACUGUUUCUUAUUUAUCUGCCACUUAUUCCUAUUGUUUUGUCUCUUCCUUAUAUUUUAGCCUGGUUGGCGUUCAUUAUGGCACACCGUAGCAAAAUGGUUUGCAAAGAAAACGAAAAUGAGUGUUUUCUCUUGGACAAGUUCAGAUAGUAACUCCCCGUUUCAGACAGUUUUCUUCCAUUUUGUGCCUGCUGAACAUGACCCUUGUCUGUGGUUUAGCCUACUUCUCUGAAAUGUACUAUGGUGCCAAAGUCCAACAUAUCUACUUCAGGCCACUUCCAUCCCCCCUCUCUGCCAUUCCUUCUCCUCUAACCGAUGUCUCAUCCCUGUUUUCCUCUCCUCCUCCUAAGACUCGCAGCGCUCUCACCUCUCCUCCUUCACCAUGAAGCUGAAGGACAAGUUCCACUCUCCCAAGAUCAAGAGGACCCCAUCGAAGAAGGGCAAGCAGCUGCAGGUCGAGUCAGCCGUCAAGAGCCAAGAGAAACCUGUCAACAAGGUGGGUGGGUGGGAGGUAGAGCAAUACAAAAGUAAUUUCGUGAUAAGUUGACCCAUUUUGUCCUAACGAUAAAUACGUUUUGUUUUUUUAUGCACAGUUACUUUUCAUUAGGGCUCUAGACUGACCUUUUCCAGUGCCAAGUAGGACAUACAAGGAGUUGACUUUUUCAUCUAACGUGUUCAGGGAAUGCAGAUGUGCAACAUGCCAGAAUAAUCAGAUUUCUCUUUUUGGCUCUUUAUAGAUGAAUUUACCUGCAUCUCUUUUGUGCGUUUUGGCCUAGAUUGCUAACUCUAAAUAUGAUAUUGUUGCUAGAUAGCCAUGCAAUUGAUCUAACAGUAAUUUCACCGCAAAUGGCACACUCCGCUCUGUUCCUCCAGGGCGUCAUCUGAAUUGCGUACUCUGUUUGUAAAGUGGAGUUAUGUCCUAAAUAUUGAUAGUUGAGAAAUAAUAGUUAUACUCACAUAAAGCUGAGUCAAUCCUCUUUUUUUAACAGCAGUUACAGUAGAAAUUCCAUUUUGAAAUGUUGCUCAACUGACCUACAGUGCCUUCAGAAAUUAUUCAUACAGCCUGAAUACAAAAUGGAUUAAAUAUAUAUUUUUUCUCACCCAUCUACACACAAUACCCCAUAACGACAAAGUGAAAACAUGUUUUAAAAAAUGUUAGCCACUUUUAUUGAAAAUUAAAUACAGAUAUCUAAUUUACAUAAGUAUUCACACCCCUGAGUCAAUACUUUGUAGAAGCACCUUUGGCAGCGAUUACAGCUGUGAGUCUUUCUGGGUAAGUCUCUAAGAGCUUUCCACACCUGGAUUUUGCAACAUUUGCCCAUUAUUCUUUCAAAAUUCCUUAAGCUAUGUCAAGUUGGUUGUUGAUCAUUGCUAGACAACCAUUUUCAGGUCUUGCCAUAUAUUUUGUUGUAGAUUUAAGUCAAAACUUUAACUCGGCCACUCAAGAAGAUUCACUGUCUUCUUGGCCUUGUGUUUUAGGUUAUUGUCCUGCUGAAAGGUGAAUUCAUCUCCCAGUGUCUGGUGGAAAGCAGACUGAACCAGGUUUUCCUCUAGGGUUUUGUAUAUUUUUUUAUCCUGAAAAACUCCCCAGUCCUUAACGAUUACAAGCAUACCCAUGAAGUUACCACUAUGCUUGAAAAUAUUGAGUGUUACUCAGUAAUGUGUUGUAUUAGAUUUGCCCCAAACAUAACACUUUCUAUUCAGGAAAAAAAGUGAAUUGCUUCUUCUUUUCACUCUGUCAAUUAGGUUAGAAUUGUGGAGUAACUACAAUGUUUUUGAUCCAUCCUCAGUUUUCUCCUAUCACAACCAUUAAACUCUGUAACUAAAGUCACCAUUGGCAUCAUGGUGAAAUCCCUGAGCGGUUGGUUUCCUUCCUCUCCAGCAACUGAGUUAGGAAGGACGCUUGUAUCUUUGUAGUGAAUACAUUAAAAAAAAGGAUUACUUAGAAUUAAAUAAUAAUGAAAUGGAAAAUGCCUUAUUAGGCUACACAGUGCCUUUUGAAUUCCCUUUUAGAAACACGAGUUUGGUCAGUCUUUGGUUUGAGGAUCAGGCGGUGAGCUAUGCAUGCCUAGUUCGUUAAUUUAGCCUAGCAGAUUCUCUUAUAUUCCCAUGCCCUAAUCACAGUCAACACAAAUCUAUUUUGUAACAACAAUCUCAUGGAAUAGAAGGCCUACCUGAUGCAUAUAGGCAUACCUGAUGAUAUGCGGCUGCUGUGUUAAACAACAAAUGGCUUUUUCUUGAAUUCAUUGGUGAUCAGAUACUUCAGUUGUAACUGGUUCUGUUGUGCUCAAUUUUUACAGUUGUUAGACAACUUUAGCACUGUUCCAAACUUAGACUAUCCUAUUUUUUAACAAUAGCCUGUAUAGAAAUCAAAAUGUCUUCGGUGCUGGAGCAUGCGCUCAUUCGUUGUCAUACUCUGUUGUGGUAUUAAACAAGAUUCUGCUUGUCUCCAGUCAUGUAAAAUGAGUUAUGAAAUGCUUUUAUAAAAUACAUUUUUUUCUCGGACAGUAAAUAAGAUGAUAGAUUCAUGCAAUACUUGUAAUAUAAUGGAUAUCUUUUCACCCCUACCCUUGUCCACGGUGGUUUGCGAAUCCACAACCUUCUGACUACAUUGCCAUGUAAUGCUUACAAAACAGAGAACUGUUUCUAAAACUGCAUAUCUAAGGCUCUGGUCUGUCCUAGGAGUGAGGGUGAACGGUAGGCUGGUUCUCUGCUAUCCACUUUGAUUUCAAUAUUAUUUUGGGUAUAGGGGAGGGUCACUUGUUGUUUUUAUCAAGCGUUCAGGGUGGUUCGGGUAAAAAUAUAUUUUACUGAAGGGAGGGCCAUCCAUUUUCUCCAGGUAUCCCUCAUUAUAAACAAUGUACAGUCCCUAGUAAAGAGAGGGAACAAACAAUAUCAAUAGCCUAUAGAAAAAUGUAAUGACAAGUUGAAUCAAGUUUAAGCAUAUUAAGAAAGAAAUUAUCCAUCCGGGACAGGAAAAUCCCUCCUUGUGAGGUUGAAAACCAAAUGGCCAAUAAUCAAUGAUUUAUAUAUACACUAGAUGACUGAUAGGGGGUCCUGUUUUGAAGCCACCGGGCCUCCAUCUUGGCGCUCACCCACCAUUGUAUUUUAUUUUAUUUUGGAAGCUAUAGAAAUGCAUUUAUUAAUGUCUACAUUUGUUUGUGCCACGUUUAUUAUAUUAGACACCUUAAUGCAUACUUUUAAAUAAUAUUAUUUGAGGUAAACAUAAACAUUUAUAAAAAAUAAAAGAUAAUUUUUUCCUUAAAUUAAAAUUGUUUCAUUCCUUUUUGGAGGACUGCUUCUUCUGGGGAGUGACAAUAUGGUCAACUGGUUGCUUCAACACCUCUCACUGUCCAAUACAUAGCAUCAGCAAUCCAGGGUUAUAUACAUCAUUGCCAGUAACCUAUCCUCCUACUAAUAAGCCUUUCAUAAAAGCUUUAAGACGUGUCAAAAACUCAUUCCACAGAGGGCCGAGUGUCUGCGGGUUUUCGCUCCUCCCUUGUACUUGAUUGAUGAAAUAAGGUCACUAAUUAGUAAGGAACUUCCCUUACCUGGUUGUCCAUGUCUUAAUUGAAAAAACAAAUUCCAGUCAUUGCGCUAACGCUAGUUAGCAGUGGCUUGCGAAACUACCUCUAACUUCCUUCAUACUGGACGCAGGUACAUACAAAUGGUAUCCAUGAGUUCAUCCGACUCUGGGGAAGUAGAUAAAGUGCUUCAUUGCCAAAAUCCAGAUUAAGGCAGGGGUGACAGACUUACUGCCCAAUCCGGCCCGCGUGUGGUUUGAGUAAAAAACGAACUCAAUAUACUUUUUUAAAAUGACUAAAACCAAAUCAAAACGAUGUAGAAAUUAUAAUGGACCUAUAUUCAUACAGUUUAAUGACUGUGCAGCUCGCUAAUAAUGACUAGACAGUCAGGGGACAUUGAGAAUUCCAAAAACAAUGGAUAAUGGACUAUUUUCUGCAAAUUUUGACGUCAAGGAAAAAUAACACAUUUUAAUUGCGGCCCUCCCGACCUCGUUGAAGACCGAAUGCGGUCCCUGGGCAAAAUUGUUUAGACACCUGUCACGAGAAUUUAUAUCUCAAAUUAAUCAAACUUAAUGCUUUGAAUAAUUCCCAGAGGGUGUAAGGCUCUGGUUUAAUCAUGAAUUAAACAAAGGUCCGCAACCAACAAGAAUGAUCUGUAUGUUUUAAUCAUGGAGAGCUCUGGCGCCAAAAAAUACAUACACAGCCUUUAUACCCCCUGACACACAAAGGCACUUUGCUCCGCCCACCUUUAAACAGCUUCUCAGUCCCCUUCACCCUGGAAUGCUUUCUCAGCAGUUUCUAACUCCUCCCCCUCUGUUAGUGGGUUGACACUACAUUAUAACUCUAACACCGUUCACACAUUUAUACUGUAUUUGGGGUGAAAUCCUUUAGUCAUUAUUCUUAAAAUACAAAUUAAUCUAUCAACACCCCUGCUUUAAGGCCUGGAUUAAGCUUCCUUUGAAAAUGCACAUUUUUUCCAUCCAUCAAUUAUUAUAUCAUAUGAAGCUGAUUUCCUCCAAGUUACCAUGUUUCAUUGUGUUCAUUAGGGCCAUUAUUUGAUUUGAUUUAUUAGGAUCCCCAUUAGUCGACGCCAAUGGUGAUCGAUUAUUGCGAUAGAAAAUGACAACAGGUUCAAAUAGUACCUCCCAGAUUCACUCUGUUUCCAUCCUUUCGUUCCCUACUGAACACGACCAAGAUUUCCUCUAAGCUGACCAUGAUUUUCAUUCAUUCUGUUCUGUAGAAGGUGAGUCGGCUGGAGGAGCAGGAGAAGGAGGUGGUGAGCGCUCUGCGCUACUUCAAGACCAUCGUUGACAAGAUUGUGGUGGAGAAGAAGGUGCUGGAGAUGCUGCCCGGCUCGGCCAGCAAGGUCCUGGAGGCCAUCCUACCACUGGUGCAGGUGGAGGCCCGGAUAACACACAGGUACAUGGGCUGAGAAUGUAGAAGGGCUUAUAGUGAGCACAAGACGUUGAAAAUGCAUCUUUUUGAUUGAAAAUGCAUAUUUUCAAUCAAAAAUAUGUAUUUGCAACGUGUUUUCAAUGUCAUAGGGGGCUAGCAUGCAAAAUAGUAUGCAGGUAAAAGUAGAUGGGCUUAGCAUAGGUUAGUGGGAUCUUAGUCUGUAACUUAUCGUGUAUUGUAGCCUAGGCAUGUUGCAGCUUAGUGAGAUGGGCUUCGUGCUACAUCACAGAACAUUCUUGCAGAUUUUCCACAAAAUAACAUAAACAAAAGGUGCCCCCAAGACCUAACUGAAAGGGAUAGCUCACCCAAAUUACAAAAAUGAUCUAUUGGUUUCCUUAACCUGUAAGCAGUCUAUGGACAAGGUAUGACAGCAAUCCAUGCUUUAGUUUUGUUUACCUGGCCACUGUUUUAAAUGCUAACUUUUUAGUAUUUGUGGCACAAAUCCAAUGGUGUGAUCGCUAACUGCUAGCUAGCUGCUUGUGGCUGCGAUUGACGUGUCCUGUUGUAACUUUUCUCUAAAACGAGUACAGAUGUUGCAACAUUAUCAGGAUCUACACUUGAAAUAAUAGUGAGUAGGGGUGGGUGGUAUCCAGAUUUUCAUACCGUCAUACCAUUUGUGUACCAUACCGGGGUAUUUUUUUAAUUUAUUUUUUAUUUCACCUUUAUUUAACCAGGUAAGCCAGUUGAGAACAAGUUCUCAUUUACAACUGCGACCUGGCCAAGAUAAAGCAUAGUAGUGCGAUAAAAACAACAACACAGAGUUACAUAUGGGGUAAAAAAACAUAAAGUCAAAAAAUACAACAGAAAAUAUAUAUACAGUGUGUGCAAAUGUAGCAAGUUAUGGAGGUAAGGCAAUAAAUAGGCUAUAGUGCAAAAUAAUUACAAUUAGUAUUAACACUGGAAUGCUAGAUGUGCAAGAGAUUAUGUGCAAAUAGAGAUACUGGGGUGCAAAAGAGCAAAAUAAAUAACAAUAUAGGGAUGAGGUAGUUGGGUGGGCUAAUUUCAGAUGGGCUGUGUACAGGUGCAGUGAUCGGUAAGGUGCUCUGACAACUGAUGCUUAAAGUUAGUGAGGGAGAUAAGAGUCUCCAGCUUCAGAGAUUUUUGCAAUUCGUUCCAGUCAUUGGCAGCAGAGAACUGGAAGGAAUGGCGGCCAAAGGAGGUGUUGGCUUUGGGGAUGACCAGUGAGAUAUACCUGCUGGAGCGCAGACUACGGGUGGGUGCUGCUAUGGUGACCAAUGAGCUAAGAUAAGGCGGGGAUUUGCCUAGCAGUGAUUUAUAGAUGGCCUGGAGCCAGUCGGUUUGACGACGAACAUGGAGUGAGGACCAGCCAACAAGAGCGUACAGGUCACAGUGGUGGGUAGUGUAUGGGGCUUUGGAGACAAAACGGAUGGCACUGUGAUAGACUACAUCCAAUUUGCUGAGUAGAGUGUUGGAGGCUAUUUUGUAAAUGACAUCGCCGAAGUCAAGGAUCGGUAGGAUAGUCAGUUUUACGAGGGCAUGUUUGGCAGCAUGAGUGAAGGAGGCUUUGUUGAGAAAUAGGAAGCCGAUUCUAGAUUUAACUUUGGAUUGGAGAUUCUUAAUGUGAGUCUGGAAGGAGAGUUUACAGUCUAACCAGACACCUAGGUAUUUGUAGUUGUCCACAUACUCUAGGUCAGACCCGUCGAGAGUGGUGAUUCUAGUCGGGUGGGCGGGUGCCAGCAGCGUUCGAUUGAAGAGCAUGCAUUUAGUUUUACUAGUGUUUAAGAGCAGUUGGAGGCUACUGAAGGAGUGUUGUAUGGCAUUGAAGCUCGUUUGGAGGUUUGUUAACACAGUGUCCAAUGAAGGGCCAGAUGUAUACAAAAUGGUGUCGUCUGCGUAGAGGUGGAUCUGAGAGUCACCAGCAGCAAGAGCGACAUCAUUGAUAUACACGGAGAAAAGAGUCGGCCCAAGAAUUGAACCCUGUGGCACCCCCAUAGAGACUGCCAUAGGUCCAGACAACAGGCCCUCCGAUUUGACACACUGAACUCUAUCUGAGAAGUAGUUGGUGAACCAGGCGAGGCAGUCAUUUGAGAAACCAAGGCUAUUUAGUCUGCCAAUAAGAAUGCGGUGGUUGACAGAGUCGAAAGCCUUGGCCAGGUCGAUGAAGACGGCUGCACAGUACUGUCUAUUAUCGAUUACGGUUAUAAUAUCGUUUAGGACCUUGAGCGUGGCUGAAGUGCACCCAUGACCAGCUCGGAAACCGGAUUGCAUAGCGGAGAAGGUACGGUGGGAUUCGAAAUGGUCGGUGAUCUGUUUUGUUAACUUGGCUUUCAAAUACUUUCGAAAGGCAGGGCAGGAUGGAUAUAGGUCUGUAACAGUUUGGAUCUACAGUGUCACCCCCUUUGAAGAGGGGGAUGACCGCGGCAGCUUUCCAAUCUCUGGGGAUCUCAGACGUUACGAAAGAGAGGUUGAACAGACUAGUAAUAGGGGUUGCGACAAUUUCGGCGGCUAGUUUUAGAAAGAAAGGGUCCAGAUUGUCUAGCCCAGCUGAUUUGUAGGGGUCCAGAUUUUGCAGCUCUUUCAGAACAUCAGCUGUCUGAAUUUGUGUGAAGGAGAAGCGGGGGGGGCAUGGGCAAGUUGCAGCGGAGGGUGCAGAGUUGGUGGCCGGGGUAGUGGUAGCCAGGUGGAAAGCAUGGCCAGCCGUAGCAAAAUGCUUGUUGAAAUUCUCGAUUAUUGUAGAUUUAUCGGUGGUGAUAGUGUUUCCUAGCCUCAGUGCAGUGGGCAGCUGGGAGGAAGUGCUCUUAUUCUCCAUGGACUUUACAGUGUCCCAAAACUUUUUGGAGUUAGUGCUACAGGAUGCAAAUUUCUGUUUGAAAAAGUUAGCCUUUGCUUUCCUGACUGCUUGUGUAUAUUGGUUCCUAACUUCCCUGAAAAGUUGCAUAUCGCGGGGGCUAUUUGAUGCUAAUGCCGUACGCCACAGGAUGUUUUUGUGCUGGUCAAGGGCAGUCAAGUCUGAGGAGAACCAGGGGCUAUAUCUGUUCUUAGUUCUGUAUUUUUUGAAUGGGGCAUGUUUAUUUAAGAUUGAGAGGAAAUUACUUUUAAAGAACAACCAGGCAUCCUCUACUGACGGAAUGAGAUCUAUAUCCAUCCAGGAUACCUGGGCCAGGUCAAUUAGGAAGGCCUGCUCGCUAAAGUGUUUUAGGGAGCGUUUGACAGUGAUGUGGGGUGGUCGUUUGACCGCGGACCCGUUACGGACGCAGGCAAUAAGGCAGUGAUCGCUGAGAUCCUGGUUGAAGACAGCGGAGGUGUAUUUAGAGGGUAAGUUAGUCAGGAUGAUAUCUAUGAGGGUACCCAUGGUUACGGAUUUAGGGUUGUACCUGGUAGGUUCGUUGAUAAUUUGCGUAAGAUUGAGGGCAUCUAGUUUGGAUUGUAGGAUGGCCGGGGUAUUAAGCAUAUCCCAAUUUAGGUCACCAAGCAGUACGAACUCUGAGGAUAAAUGGGGGGCAAUCAAUUCACAUAUGGUGUCCAGGGCACAGCUGGGGGCUGAGGGGGGUCUGUAGCAAGCAGCAACAGUGAGAGACUUAUUUCUGGAAAGGUGGAUUUUUAGAAGUAGAAGCUCAAACUGUUUGGGCACAGACCUGGAUAGUAUGAUAGAGCUCUUCCGGUAUUACCGGAAGUGCACACAAGGGGUGCUAUUUCUUUAUAAAUAAAAAUAAUAAUAAUACAUUUGGGCGCACAAAACAAUUUAGGAUCUUGAUCCAGGAGAGGAUUGAUUGUCUCUGCUGUAACCAAGAAGCUUGAUCUAGCCACUUAGCUAGCAAGUUAGCAAACCAAAUGCAUAGCUGGAGCCCUGAGCUGGAUAUAAUUUAUUUGGCACAUUUUAGAUAGUUAACUCAUAGUUAUAAAGAGUGGCAUAGCACGCACCCCCGUAUUGAAAAUCAUACCGACGGUAUGUAUAAAUACAGCAGUGUGUGGGGUAUUGCUCAAGCCUAAUAGUGAGGCAUAAUCACCUUAGGCUUCCUGGACCUUUCGAUAGGUCAGGUAUUUCAUACCAUCAUGUUCAUGUUGUCCCUAUUAAUCUCCUCAUCUGGAAUGUGAAUGGGGGAAAAUGUCAUAGACCGUAGCUGUUUAGAACACCUACAGCUGGUUAGAAACAGAACAGGGUCGCAUUCAUUAGUGCACACCGUAACAAACAGUUUUGCAACGGAAAACAAAGUUCAGGUAGUCCCUCACCCUGUUUCAGUCCGUUUUCUUCCGUUUGGUGCCAAAUGAAUACGGCCCAGAACAAAUCCUUCACUUAACAAUAUAUUUUCUAGAACAGUCUGUCUUUGUAGAGCCCUGUAAAAGAUACUUGGAGUUCUCUCCUCUGGAAUGGCUGUGCGUGUCAGAACUAGCGUGCUGCUAGCGCGGCGCCAUCAGUCAUUGUUAAAGGGGGUCAGAGGUGACAGGUUUUGUAUCUGGGCCCUGUUUUUAGUGCUGAGUGAUGGAUAGUGCUUACAGUGGUUGAGGAAUGGGUCUCUGGGGGUCUGACCACCUCAACUCACACACACACCUCGGCCUCUUUGUGCCAUUCCAGCCACAGACCCCAAACCCAAUAUUACUUCUCAGGACCCUAGAGGUCAAACUCGCACUCCCCAAGUCAACAGACCUAUCGUCUGAACCAUACAGGUCUAGAUCACCGAUCACACCCCAGCCUCAGAAACUACGCCUCUGCUUCUGGAAGAACCCUGGUCCAGUGCCCAUAUUCAUAAAGAGUCCAUGUAACCUUAUUCAUUGUGAUUUAAAAGGAACAAUUGAUUGAGAUGCUUUAUGAAUAUGGCCCCAGUUGUUAUUGCUUGACUCUCCUCUUGCCCGUGUAGUUAGUUCAUCCUGGCCACUAGCCUUAGCCCCAGUCUUAGGCUCCACUGUGCCCAUGCAGCCCCCAGCCCAACUGUAGCUGUGUCAUAGAAAUAUAAUCUAUAGACGGGGCUUGGAACCUCUAACCCUGACAAUUUGACUAGUAAACUCAUGGGGAGGCCCGUUCUAUAGAUUAUAUUUCUAUGAGCUGUAUCCUGUAGAAGCAGUGGAGGGAUAUUCCAGAGUUGUGAAUCAGCUGCAGCGUGUUGGGACUGGUCUGAACCUCCACCACACCCUACUGUUUCUCAAUGCUCAGUUCAGCACAGGCACUAUACUGUAGUUACCAACCAGACAAUUCCCUCCCAGCACACAAACACAUUCUCCACUUAAUACCACCACAAAACACACCUUUUCCAGUCACACAUGCAUGCAUGCACACACACAGUCACACACACACACACAGACACACAUACCCCUCAGGGGAAAUAUUGAGUUAACCCCCUGUGUGGAUACAUAUGGCUGCCUCAGUCACAGAGCUGGUGAAAAGAUUCCCUAGUAAUCCUUUAGUCUAAUUGUCUGUAUUCUCAAUCUAUGGAGUCUGACAUUAAAUGUCUUCCCCCACACCCCCACUCUCUCUUCCCUUUUACCAUUCUCUUUCCACCCUUCCUUCAUUCCCUCUUUUCUCUGUAACCGUGCCAUCACUCUACUUUUCCACACCCUCCCACUUUUUCUCCAUAUCUAUCUUUCCAUUCUCCACCCCCCCCCCAUCUCACCUAUCACUGGCGACUUCCUCCUUAUCUCUCCUUAGUUCGGCAGUGUCGUCGUGUCACAACCGUGUGUACCAGAGCCUGGCCAACCUGAUCCGCUGGUCCGACCAGGUCAUGCUGGACGACAUCGACCUGGACGACAAGGACAACGUGGUCGCGGUCACCACCGUUAUCAAGGCUGUGCUAGACGGGGUCAAGGUGAGUAGGGACGGUCGUGGGACCGUGAAACGAUAGCUUUCAGCUCUCCGGGGCUCUCAAAGAGGGGCGUAGUCCCUGUUUCUCCCUUGCAGACCUGGGUCGAAUACAUUUGUCAAAUAGGCCUACUUUCAAAUACUUAAGCUGUAGUUGAUUUAGUUUGCCUGGUACAAUGGCACCAUUGUAUAGGUCCCAAAAGUACAAAUGCCAAGCUAAAUCAAGUGCAUCUCAAAUGUAUUUUUGUUUAACCAGGUAGUCCCGUUGAGGUCAGAAGACCUCUUUCCCAAGGGAGACCUGGUCAAAUUCUUUCAAAAGUAAUUCAAUAUGAUAGUGUAUUUGACAAGAAUUUAACUUAGGUCUGUCCCUUAUAAUAAAUUGCCACCACUUAUAAUAGUAGUUGUAGUGUGUAAUGUACAUUAAAUGAAUAUCAAUAGAUGUUGACUGGAGUUGUGUGCUUUUCUAACAGGAGCUGGUCAAACUCACCAUAGAGAAACAGGAGCAGGCCUCGCCCACCACCCCCAACAAACCACCACCACCACCUAUUGCCACACCUGAGAGGUAAGUGGACGUGCGUGCACACCAGACUUGACCAUUUCUCUCACUCUCACUCACUCACUCUCACCCACACACUAACACAUUCCCCUGUUAUGUCCCCAGCACAUCCGAGUUGCCCCUGACGGAACGGGAGAGGGAGAUCCUGAGUAAGACCACACCCACCGAGGCUGUGAUGGACAUGGCAGAGGAGGACAUAGCCCCGCCCAAACCCCCCCUCCCUGGCCUGAAGAUUGAUGCGCUCAGGUUAGGAACACUGGGAGGCCAUCUUUAGAUAUAAUUGACAGUGGCAGAUCAAUAGUAUGCACCAGGCCCCACCAGACCAGACCGAAUCUUUGGGCCUUUUGCUUUUAGGGCCUAAAGUAUUAACACUAGGGCCCAGAGUUUUUCCUGGUCAAGUCAGGUGGUGAGAAGAAACUCAGGGUGUUAUUAUGGUGUAUUCAAAAUGUUAAAAUAGUCUUAUAGGGCUUCAUCUUCUCAUCCCCCCCUGUCUUCAUCUGCAAUGAAUUUAAUUUGCUUCCUCUGUAUGUUUUGAGAUAUUUAAAUAACAUUGGAGGAGAGGAAGCUACUUUAGACUAUUGAGAUGCACCCAUGUGAGAGUGGUCUGUUCGUCUUUAAGCAGUCAUGUAGAUAAGUGCUUCCAAAACUUUUUCACUCAUGCCCCCCUUUCAUCAUUGGGGAACAUUCCGCGCCCCCCAAACGUCCGGAUGGAUAUUGUCAUCUAUCGGCGUACUGUAGACCCAUGCAACCUCCCCCAGCCACGGUCUUGUGUGGAAAGAGAAGUGCCCCCCUUGCCACGGUCUAUAAGAAGGAACCAGACAGGGUCCUGCAGUCUCAACCGUCUGCGGUCAGAAAAAGCAGAAGCUAUCCUGCAGACCGCAUUGUGUCAGCGACUUCUGUGGUCCUGUUGCAUGACAACUUCUGAACUUGUUCUUCAACAUUUACAUUUUACAUUUUUAGUCAUUUAGCAGACGCUCUUAUCCAGAGCGACUUACAGUUAGUGAAUACAUAUUUUUUUAUACUGGCCCCCCGUGGGAAUUGAACCCACAACCCUGGCAUUGCAAACGCCAUGCUCUAUCAACUGAGCUACAUCCCUGCCGGCCAUUCCCUCCCCUACCCUGGACGACGCUGGGCCAAUUGUGCGCCGCCCAUGAGUCUCCCGGUCGCGGCCGGCUGCGACAGAGCCUGGAUUCGAACCAGGAUCUCUAGUGGCACAGUUAGCACUGCGAUGCAGUGCCUUAGACCACUGCGCCACUCAGGAGACAUGGAUGGAUUAUGUUGGCAAAGGAGAAAUGCUCACUAACAGGGAUGUAAACAAAUUAGUGCACAAAAUUUGAGAGAAAUACGCUUUUUGUGUGUAUGGACAUUUUUAUGGGAUCUUUUGUUUCAGUUCAUGAAACAUGGGACCAACACUUAACAUGUUGCUUUUAUAUUUUUGUUCAGUGUAAAAACAUAUUUGCCUACAUUGAAAAAAAAAGCGUAUUUCUCUCAAAUUUUGUGCACUAAUUUGUUUACAUCCCUGUUAGUGAGCAUUUCUCCUUUGCCAACAUAAUCCAUCCACCUGACAGGUGUGGCAUAUGAAGAAGCUGAUUAAAUACCAUGAUCAUUACUUGAGCUGGGGACGAUAUAAUUCCACUCUAAAAUGUGCAGUUUUGGCACACAACACAAUGCCACAGAUGUCUCAAGUUUUAAGGCAGCAUGCAAUUGGCAUGCUGACUGCAGGAAUGUCCACCAGAGCUGUUGCCAGAAAAUGUAAUGUUAAUUUCUCUACCAUAAGCCGCCUCCGUCGUUUUAGUGAAUUUAGCAGUACGUCCAAAUGGCCUCACAACCGCAGACCACGUGUAACCAUGCCAGCCCAGGACCUCCACGUCGGGUUUCUUCACCUGCGGGAUUGUCUGAGACCAGCCACCUGGACAGCUGAUGAAACUGUGGGUUUGCACAACCAAAUAAUUUCUGCACAAACUGUCAGAAACCGUCUCAGGGAAGCUCAUCUGCGUGCUCGUCGUCCUCACCAGGUUCUUGUCCUGACUACGGUUCGGCGUCAUAACCGACUUAAGUGGGGAAAUGCUCACCUUCAAUGGCCACUGGCACGCUGGAGAAGUAUGCUCUUCACGAACACAAUUGCAUUUUAUCGAUUGCAAUUUGAAUGGACAGAGAUACCGUGAUGAGAUCCUGAGGCCCAUUGUCGUGCCAUUUGUUCGCCGUCAUCACCUCAUGUUUCAGCAUGGUAAUGCACGGCCCCAUGUUGCAAGGAUCUGUACACAAUUCCUGGAAGCUGAAAAUGUCCCAGUUCUAUCAUGGCCUGCAUACUCACCAGACAUGUCACCCAUUGAGCAUGUUUGGAAUGCUCUGGAUCGACGUGUACGACAGCGUGUUCCAGUUCCUGCCAAUAUCCAGCAACUUCGCACAGGCAUUGAAGAGGAGUGAGACAACAUUUCACAGGCCACAAACAACAGCCUGAUCAAAUCUAUGCGUUGCAUGAGUCAAAUGGUCACACCAGAUACUGACUGGUUUUCUGAUCCACGCCCCUACUUUUUAAAAAGCUAUCUGUGACCAACAGAUGCAUAUCUGUAUUCCCAGUCAUGAAAUCCAUAGAUUAGGGCCUAAUUUAUUUAUUUCAAUUGACUGAUUUCCUUAUAUGAACUGUAACUCAGUAAAAUCUUUGAAAUUGUUGCAUGUUGCGUUUUAUAUUUUUGUUAAGUAUAGAAUUCUACCAAAGAGGAAGUGAAGCGAACAUUCUUUGAUUGACAUGAGAUCAGGGUCUAUUUAUGAACUAGGCCUAAUUGAGUCUGUGAAACUCACUUUCAUGGUAUCUCAUCUGCUGCUUAGGAUGUGCCCCAAAUAGCACCCUAAUCCCUAUGUAGUGCACUACUUUUGACCAGGGCCCCAUAGUGUUCUGGUCCUCUGUAGCUCAAUUGGUAGAGCAUGGCGCUUGUAACGCCAGGGUAGUGGGUUCGAUCCCCGGGACCACCCAUACGUAAAAAUGUAUGCACGCAUGACUGUAAGUCGCUUUGGAUAAAAGCGUCUGCUAAAUGGCAUAUUAUUAUUAUAUUAUUAUUAAAAUCAGAGCACUAUAUAGGAUAUUCAAUAUAUAGUACACCAUUUUUUACCAGUGGCCAUAGUGCUUUAGUUAAGAGUAGUGCACUAUUUAGGGAAUCGGGUUCCAUUUGGGAUGUCCACUGUCAAUGUGGAAAAACCAGAUUGUGUUCAGAAUUUAACAAAUUUGUGUAGAAACAUUUUAUCUCAAAGGGGAAUUCUAAUAAUCUAGAAGAUCUUCCUCUCUUAAGUUGAAAAAGGAUUGUCAUAAGAGGUUGGAAAACUGAGGGUCAUAGGCAGGCAGUCAAUUAUUCAGUCGCUGUGUGCUUAAGGAAGCAGAGCUUUGACAAAUCCAUAGACCUUGGGCUUAGCCAGAAGAUCCGAUAAUACUACUAGGAUUUUGAGUUGCACUGCUGUCUCGCUCUCUUUUUGUCGCUCUUCCUCUCCUAUCUUCCUCUUCCUUCCGCUCUCUCUCACUUUUUUAUCUGUGCUUUCCAUCCCUCUCUCCAUGUCUGUUGGGGAACAGAGCGCACUUGGCUACUGACCACUCAGUAGCUGCCCAAAGGAGAUCCACAAAAACGGACACGUAUGUUAGCCAAUAGGGUCAUUCGCCUGCAUCAUAACAUCCCGCCCCCUUUAUAGCUAUCCAAUCCGGAUCCCGGAAAUGUCUUGAUUGCUGGAGUGACUGAUUGGUGGAGUGCUGUGUCUUGCAUCAUGGCGUGCAAUGAAGCCCACAUCCAAUCAGGAGAAAGCUUGGUGCAUGAGUGUGUACCAAUGAUAUCAUAAAUAUAUGUAUGUCUAUGGUGUGUACACGUCAUGAAUGUCAUCAUUUUCCAGGGUUGGGGUCAAUUCCAUUUAAAGGUGCUACACACAGGAUUUUCUUUCAAUUUUUGCACUGUAAUUUCAGAGAAUGUCCAUAAUGCUGGCGGGUAAAUAAUACUGUAAAACACUAUCAUUUCACUAUUAGCGCCAGAUAUAUUAUGGACAUUUUCUGAAAUGACAAUACAGAAAUUCAAACAAAUACCUUUAAAUUCCAGUCGAUUUAAAAAGGUACACCAAAUGUAAUUUCAGUGUACUUCUUGAAUUGACUGGAAUUUGAAUGAAACUGACCCCAACCCUGUUACUUUCCCUGUCAUGGUCCCCAUGUCUCCUUGGCUUGUUGAUUUUAUGCUGUGCCUUUUGAGCUGACAUUGACUUGUGAUGAUUGCAGUGUGAUAACCUAGAAAGCCCAACUUCUGUUGGGGUAUUCCAGAUGUUAUUAAAAAUUAGGCAUUAAGCACGUAAUGCUGAUUUUACCAGAGGUGUGGAUUCGAGUCACAUGACUUAGACAAGUCUGACUCAAGUCACAAAUUUGAUGACUUGAUUUGACCAAUAACCAGUCAUCAGCAUCGGCACACAAAGGCGAACCAGAAACCGCUUGUUUAAUUUUAGCCUACCUAAAUUAAUAUUAUCCAUAUAAGGUACCAUGUAGCAAUCUGCUAUGGACGUAUCUUUGCCACGACAAUAGGCUACCUGGUGAUUUCAUUGAUAAUUUUCAUAUUUCAGAUAGGCCUAGUUUGGGUGGAUUAUAAUUCUAUACCUCAGUGGUGGUACUGGCUAUAUGUCUAAAGAUAGCUGUAACAUUACACUACCUUCCAUACUUGUGGGAUGAAGAUGUAACAUAUUCUGGCAAAUGAAAUACGAUAUUUGUGAGGAAGAAAAAGGUUACAGACAGAUCACGCUUUCCAUCCGAUACUGCAAUCUCCGCCGCAAACAGGUAGACCAUAUCAUCCUGCUUACUCUGGACUCCAGAGAAGUGACAAUGUGACAUGAUAUCCCUAGUUGAUAUUGACUACUAACAUGAAUGGCUUUAAGCUCAAAAUGCAGGUGUAAAAUGCAGUUUAUUUCUGUAUCUUGCGUUUUUGAAAAUGUGUCUACGUUUAUGGCUGUAAUGAUAGGCUACAUUUGGCAGCGAUUGUGCGCCUGUGUUCGCCCUGUGUACACACGCAUGUGCGCGGGUGUCGCAAGCUUUGAACCCCUGCUUUUUGGGGGUCCCAAGUCAAAAAGUUUGAAAACAACUGAGCUACCGAACAGAUUGCCGAUUUGCUGUACAGCUAGCUAUAGGAUCGGGUGCAGCGCAAACGUCAAAUUGUAGGUACAGAGACUUGCCAUAAAUGAAUAUUCAGCUCCCAAAAACUGUGGUGCUCAAGAAUAUGAACCGAUUACCUUGCAAGCUCACCAGCAAUGGGGCAUCAAGCAACAAUUACUAGCGUAGGCCUACUAGUCUUUUGGUAUGUCAAAAUUGCUUGAAAUUUAGAAUUUACUCAUGAAGCUUACCAUUGGAAUUUGUUGUUUAAAUUAAUAAUCAAAAUGUGUUCUAGACAAAAUAAUGAAAGGCUGUCUGGUAGCCUCAAUAAAUAGAUAAAGAUUUAUAGUUGAACAAGUCAUUGUCUGUAUAGAUUUUUUUUUACUUGACUUGACUUGAAAAGACUUGCCUCAACUUGACUUGCUCUUAGUAUGCACAACUUGGACUUUACUCGAGACUAGACCGGAUCUACUUGGGACUCGACUUGAGACUUGGACCUUGAGACUUGCUUGUGACUCGAAUAAUAGUGAAUUGGUCCCACCUCUGGAUUUGACCAGAACAACCCCUCAGUAACCAGGUUUCCAUCCAAGCUUUUUAUGCGAGAAAAGUACAUGUUGGAAACAGCAAAUUUGUCUGUAAACUUUCCAAAUGUCGACAAAACAAAAUACGCUAGACAAGGUGUGAUCUUUUUGUGUCUGUAAAAUGUAUUAUGCGAGAAAUGGCGAUGGAAAUUCCUUUAUGCGCAAAUAUUGAUAUAAUAACCAUCAUAUCGAAGUAAACUUGGUGUCACGCGAUGAUAUGUUGUGUGGUCCUCCCACUACGACUCGGGAAAGAAUGCAGUUUAUUAGGCUAUAGAUUAAAUACAUUAUAAUAAUAAUAAUAAUAAAAAUAAAUAAUAAUAUGCCAUUUAGCAGACGCUUUUAUCCAAAGCGACUUACAGUCAUGCGUGCAUACAUUUUUGUGUAUGGGUGGUCCCGGGGAUCGAACCCACUACCUUGGCGUUACAAGCGCCGUGCUCUACCAGCUGAGCUACAGAGGACCACAUUAUGAUGAACUUCACAAGGUGGUGAAUGUGCACGCAGUGAUUGAUGCUCCUUUCCAAUAAAUAUCUAUUGUCUUAUUCUAGUGUCAUGAUGAUCGAUGCUUUGGCUGCCUUUUGACAAAUAAUAAUAAUCUCUCUCUUUUGUCCAUAAUAAUGUCAUCAUGUAGGCUAUCCUACCCGCACUGUAUCUACGAGCUGUUGGCUAGAGCACAGGUGCCAAGACCAGAGUGGGCAUAUACACCAACCAUCAGUAGAGUUGGAAAUACGAUGGAAACCCAUUUAACUUUAUAUGUGCACUACGUCAUUACGCACAGCCUUUUAUCCGCAACAGGUCAAUUUAAUGGCAACACAUCUCUGGUGGGAAAAUGAGCAUAUUGUUUUUAUGCAGAUUUUUAGAAUAUUCACAUGAAAAUCAGUCGCCAAUUGGAUGGAAACUUAGCUACUGUCAUAUCCCACAACCCAGCUCAAGGAGCAGUGAACUGUUUGUUUGUGUGUACCAAUGCCCCUACUUGUAUUUGUGAGCCUGGUUGGGUAUCAGAAGCCGAAAAACAGGGUCGGGGUCAAUUUGAAUUGAAGUCAGUCAAUUCAUGAAUUAAACUGAAAUUCCAAUUCAAUAAGUGACUUCAAUUCUAAUUGACCCCAACCCUACUGAAAAAGCUCCAUUCUCACUGAUGGUCCUUCUCUCUCUCCAGUCCUCCUCCGGCCCUGCCCCCAAAGAAGCGCCAGUCGGCCCCGUCGCCCACCCGGGUGGCAGUGGUGGCCCCCAUGAGCCGUGGCUCCAGCCUGCCCUGCAGCGUCCACAGACGGGUACCAACACACACACACCUCACUAGAGACAAAUCAAAUCAAAUGUAUUGGUCACUUACACAUGGGAAGCUUGUGCUUCUAGUUCUGACAGUGCAGCAAUAUCUAGCAAGUAAUAUCUAACAGUUCCACGACAAAAACCUAAUACACACAAAUCUAAGUAAUGGAAUAAGAAUAUGUAAAUAUAUGGAUGAGCAAUGUCAUUAUCAGAGUGGCAUAGGCUAAGAUGCAAUAGAUAGUAUAGAAUACAGUAUAGAAUACAGUAUAUACAUACAGUUGAAGUCGGAAGUUUACAUACACCUUAGCCAAAUACAUUUCAACUCAGUUUUUCACAAUUCCUGACAUUUAGUCCUAGUAAAAACUCCCUGUCUUAGGUCAGUUAGGAUCACCUCUUUAUUUUAAGAAUGUGAAAUGUCAGAAUAAUAGUAGAGAGAAGGAUUUAUUUAAGCUUUUAUUUCUUUCAUCGCAUUCCCAGUGGGUCAGAAGUUUACAUACACUCAAUUAGUAUUCUGUAGCAUUGCCUUUAAAUUGAUUAACUUGGGUCAAACGUUUCGGGUAGCCUUCCACAAGCUUCCCACAAUAAGUUGGGUGAAUUCUGGCCCAUUCCUCCUGACAGAGCUGGUGUAACUGAGUCAGGUUUGUAGGCAUCCUUGCUCGCACACGCUUUUUCAGUUCUGCCCACACAUUUUCUAUAGGAUUAAGGUCAGGGCUUUGUGAUGGCCACUUCAAUACCUUGACUUUGUUGUCCUUAAGCCAUUUUGCCACAACUUUGGAAAUAUGCUUGGAGUCAUUGUCCAUUUGGAAGACCCAUUUGCGACCAAGCUUUAACUUCCUGACUGAUGUCUUGAGAUGUUGCUUCAAUAUAUCCACAUAAUUUUCCUUCCUCACGAUGCCAUCUAUUUUGUGAAGUGCACCAGUCCCUCCUGCAGCAAAACACCCCCACAGCAUGAUGCUGCCACCCCCGUGCUUCACGGUUAAGAUGGUGUUCUUCGGCUUGCAAGCCUUCCCCUUUUUCCUCCAAACAUAACGACGGUCAUUAUGGCCAAACAGUUCUAUUAUUGUUUCAUCAGACCAGAGGACAUUUCUCCAAAAAGUACGAUCUUUGUCCCCAUGUGCAGUUGCAAACCAUGGUCUGGCUUUUUUAUGGCGGUUUUGGAGUAGUGGCUUCUUCCUUGCUGAGCGACCUUUCAGGUUAUAUCGAUAUAUGACUCGUUUUACUGUGGAUAUAGAUACUUUUGCACCUGUUUCCUCCAGCAUCCUUUGCUGUUGUUCUGGGAUUGAUUUGCACUUUUCGCAUCAAAGUACGUUAAUCUCUAGCAUACAGAACGGGUCUCCUUCCUGAGCGAUAUGACGGCUGCGUGGUCCCAUGGUGUUUAUACUUGCGUACAAGGAUGAACCAGACUUGUGCAGGUCUACAACUAUUUUUCUUAGGUCUUGGCUGAUUUCUUUUGAUUUUCACAUGAUGUCAAGCAAAGAGGAACUGAGUUUGAAGAUAGGCCUUGAAAUACAUCCACAGGUACACCUCCAACUGACUCAAAUUAUGUCAAUUAGCCUAUCAGAAGCUUCUAAAGCCAUGACAUCAUUUUCUGGAAUUUUCCAUGCUGUUUAAAGGCACAGUCAACUUAGUAUAUGUAAACUUCUGACCCACUGGAAUUGUGAUACGGUGAAUUAUUAGUGAAAUAAUCUGUCUGUAAACAAUUGUUGGAAAAAUUACCUUUGUCAUGCACAAAGUAGAUGCCAAAACUAUAGUUUGUUAAAAAGAAAUGUGUGGAGUGGUUGAAAAACAAGUUUUAAUGACUCCAACCUAAGUGUAUGUAAACUUCCGACUUCAACUGUAUGAGAUGGGUAAUGCAAGAUAUGUAAACAUUAUUAAAGUGGCAUUAUUAAAGUGACAUUAUUAAAGUGACUAGUGUUCCAUUUAUUAAAGUGGCCAGUGCUUUUCAAGUCUGUAUGUAGGCAGCAGCCUCUGUGCUGGUGAUGGCUGUUUAACAGUCUGAUGGCCUUGAGAUAGAAGCAGUUUUUCUGUCUCUCGGUCCCAGCUUUGAUGCACCUGUAUUGACCUCGCCUUCUGGAUGAUAGCGGGGUGAACAGGCAGUGGCUCGGGUGGUAGUUGUCCUUGAUUAUCUUUUUGGCCUUCCUGUGACAUCGUGUGCUGUAGGUGUCCUGGAAGGCAGGUAGUUUGCGCCCGGUGAUGGGUUGUGCAGACCACACCACCCUCUGGAGAGCUUUGCGGUUGUGGGCGGUGAUACAGGAUGCUCUCAAUUGUGCAUCUGUAAAAGUUUGUGAGGGUUUUAGGUGACAGGCCACAUUUCUACAGCCUCCUGAUGUUGAAGAGACACUGUUGCACCUUCUUCACCACACUGUCUGUGUGGGUGGACCAUUUCAGUUUGUCAGUGAUAUGUACACCGAGGAACUUAAAACGUUCUACCUUCUCCACUGCUGUCCCAUCGAUGUGGAUAGGAGGGUACUCGCUCUGCUGUUUCCUGAAGUCCACGAUCAUCUCCUUUGUUUUUUUUACGUUGAGUGAGAGGUUAUUUUCCUGGCACCACACUCCGAGAGCCCUCACCUCCUCCCUGUAGGCUGUCUCAUCGUUGUUGGUAAUCAAGCCUACUACUGUUGUGUCGUCUGCAAACUUGAUGAUUUGAUUUGGAGGCGUGCAUGGCUACGCAGUCAUGGGUGAACAGGGAGUACAGGAGGGGGCUGCGCACACACCCUUGUGGGGCCCCAGUGUUGAGGAUCAGCGAAGUGGAGAUGUUGUUUACUACCUUAACCACCUGGGGGCGUCCGUCAGGAAGUCCAGGACCUAAUUGCACAGGGUGGGGUUGAGACCCAGGGCCUCAAGCUUGGUGAUGAGCUUGGUCAAUGAACAGCAUUCUUACAUAGGUAUUCCUCUUGUCCAGAUGGGACCAGUACUUUGUAAGGUUACCCACAUAUUCCACUGGUAAUGGUAGUACAGUGGUCUAGAGAAAUUUGUCAGAGUAUGGUGUUGAUUAGGGUGGAUUACCAGAUUAUAUUAUAAUGGACCGAUACAGACUAGUGAUCAAACUUGAUUAGGCCAGCCAUUAACAGAUCCUAGCCCCACAAAGUUCUCUAUUAUAUCCUGAAACUUGCUUAUAUCUCUGUCUGUUUUUCAUUGUCUGUCUGUUUGUUUGUUUGUCUGUCCGCCUGCCUGUCUGUCUCCGUGUCUGCGUCUUUGCAGCAGCAGGACUAUGAGCAGGAGUUCCUCCAGAGACGUUUCUCAGGGGGUAGCCAGUCGUACAGGGGCGACUCCCCGUGCCUCUCGCCCUGCAGCAGCAUGGGAAAGCUCAGCAAGUCUGACGAGCAUAUCUGCUCCAUGGAACAGGACAGCGGACAGUGCUCCCAAAAUACUAGCUGUGAGACGCUGGGUAGGGAUACACGCAAAACAGAUAUACACACACACACAUAUAAACACACACACACACACACACAAACGGCUGUUAACAUAUGCACAUAUACUCAUUAUAGUCAUUCAGUCUCCCUUUACACCCCCCCCCCCCCCCCCCCCCCCACACACACACACACACACACACAACCUAAAAUGUACCCUUUGCUAAGCCAUGCCCCCUUGGUUACUGUUGCAACUUCGGACAACAUUUUCCCGGGAAGCCCAAUUCCCCAUUCAUACCACUGGAGAAAACCCCUUACAAUGAUCUCAAACUGUGUUUUUACAACACAAUAAAAUUAAACACGGACUACCCCUUGCUAAUCAGGAGACUCUUGGGUAUGUUGUGGUGGACUGUCAUUACAAUUGCUUCAUGGGAACCUGGUAAAAUGAAGUUUGUAGCGUGACUAGCAUGGAUGGCUCUGAUUAUGCACUGUCAUCAUGGAGUCAAAGCUACAAACCCCUAGUGCUCUCAAAUUGUUUUCCGAUGUUGACAGCAGAUGAGUUAUAUUCAUUAUAGAGCUAGCUAACAUACACUACCGGUCAAAAGUUUUAGAACACCUACUCAUUCAGGGGUUUUUCUUUAUUUUUACUAUUUUCUACAUUGUAGAAUAAUAGUGAAGACAUAAACUAUGAAAUAACACAUGUGGAAUCAUGUAGUAACCAAAAAAGUGUUAAACAAAUCAAAAGAUAUUUGAGAUUCUUCAAAUAGCCACCCUUUGCCUUGAUGACAGCUUUGCACACUCUUGGAAUUCUCUCAACCAGCUUCAUGAGGUAGUCACCUGGAAAGCAUUUCAAUUAACAGGCGUGCCUUGUUAAAAGUUAAUUUGUGGAAUUUAUUUCCUUCUUAAUACGUUUGAGCCAAUCAGUUGUGUUGUGACAAGGUAGGGGUGGUAUACUAAAAUGUAAAUGUAUACAGAAGAUAGCCCUAUUUGGUAAAAGUCCAAGUCCAUGUUAUGACAAGAACAGCUCAAAUAAGCAAAGAGAAACGACAGUCCAUCAUUACUUUAAGACAUGAAGGUCAGUCAAUCCAGAAACGUUGAAAGUUUCUUCAAGUGCAGUUGCAAAAACCAUCAAGUGCUAUGAUGAAACUGGCUCUCAUGAGCACCGCCACAGGAAUGGAACCCAGAGUUACCUCUGCUGCAGAGGAUAAGUUCAUUAGAGUUACCAGCCUCAGAAAUUGCAGCCCAAAUAAAUGCUUCACAGAGUUCAAGUUAGACACAUCUCAACAUCAACUGUUCAGAGGAGACUGUGUGAAUCAGGCCUUCGUGGUCGAAUUGCUGCAAAGAAACCACUACUAAAGGACACCAAUAAUAAGAAGAGACUUGCUUGGGCCAAGAAACACAAGCAAUGGACAGACUGGUGGAAAUGUGUCCUUUGGUCUAGAGUCCAAAUUGGAUAUCUUUGUGAGACGCUGUGUGGGUGAACGGAUGAUGUCCGCAUGUGUAUUUCCCACCAUAAAGUAUGGAGGAGGAGGUGUUAUGGUGUGGGGGUGCUUUGCUGGUGACACUGUUUGUGAUUUAAUUACAAUUCAAGGCACACUUAACCAGCAUGGCUACUACAGCAUUCUGCAGCGGUACGCCAUCCCAUCUGGUUUGGGCUUAGUGGGACUAUCAUUUGUUUUUCAACAGGACAAUGACCCAACACACCUCCAGGCCGUGUAAUAGCUAUUUUACCAAGAAGGAGAGUGAUGGAGUGCUGCAUCAGAUGACCUGGCCACAAUCCCCCGACCUCAACCAAAUUGAGAUGAUUUGGGAUGAGUCGGACCGCAGAGUGAAGGAAAAGCAGCCAACAAGUGUUCAGCAUAUGUGGGAAACUUCUUCAAGACUGUUGGAAAAGCAUUCCAGGUGAAGCUGGUUGAGAGAAUGCCAAGAGUGUGCAAAGCUGUAAUCAAGGCAAAGGGUGGCUAUUUGAAGAAUCUCAAAUCUCAAAUAUAUUUUGAUUUGUUUAACACUUUUUUGGUUACUACAUGAUUCCACAUGUGCUAUUUCAUAGUUUUGAUGUCUUCACUAUUAUUCUACAAUGUAGAAAAUAGUAAAAAUUAAGAAAAACCAUUGAAUGAGUAGGUGUUCUAAACCUUCUUACUGGCUAACUAGCUAGCUUUAGCAACGUUUUCAAUGGUGGCCAAUGAUACUGAGAGCUAGCUGACUAUGUGGACAAAAUUACUCACUUCAAAUGUCAACAGCUUAACCGUAACCACCAAUACUGCAUUUCAAAGACUGUUUCACUAUCUCUUUCUCUCGAUCUCUCCUCUGUUUCUCUUCAGACAACACAGAGAGUUACGACCCGGACUACGACUUCCUCCACCAGGACCUCUCCGUCUUCACUGGGAACCCCAACCUGCCCCCCACCCUCGCCCCCUCAGGGGUCACCUCUCUGUCGCCCCUCCCUGAGUCCCACAGCGAGUCAUCCUCCCCCUCCCCCUCCCCCGUCCCUCCUCACACCCGCUUCAGCUCCCCACCCGCCCCCCAACACCCUCACCCUCCCCACUCCGAGUACUGGACCCCCCAGCCCGGCUCCCACAUCAGCCCCUUGCACCCUAGCCGCCUCAGCGCGCCUCCAGCGUUACCCCAGAAGAAGCGGCGCAGCGCCCAGGUGUCGCCCUAUCCGGACGGGUGCGGGGGUGGUUCCUCGCGGGGGCCCCUCUACGAGAGGUUCCCCUCCCAGUACGAUAACCUGUCGGAAGAGGAGCUGCUACACCCCACGCCCCCCUUCCCCCUCUUCACGCCCAUCUCACCCAUGCCCCAGAGCAACGGGGACGUGUUCGUGGCCCAGUACCUGGCCAGCGAGAACGCAGAUGUUCCCUCCAGUCCACCGCCGCUGCCCGAGAAGAGGAACAAGCACGGUGAGAGAUGGAGAAAGGGGUGUGGGGGAGAAAGGGACAGGAGGAGUGGAAGAGAGAGAGGGACUUACAGGAAAAUUGAGAGAGAGAAGGAAAGAAAAAGAGCGGAGGGAGAUUUGAGGAAGAGAAGGAGAUGGUUUAGUGAGAUAAUUGAGCAAAAGACUGAGUGAGAGAGAGAAAUGAAACAAGAUUGAGGGAGAGAGGUGGUUAGAGAUCUAACUUAGCUGCAGUGUCUUUCAUGCAUGGCUCAUGUUUAGGAAAUCUGCCACAGAGAAUAGAGGGAGGAAGUGAACUCCAGGACAAGCACAAUGAACUCAGGAUCCACUGGCAGUUGGCUACAGAGGUCGCAAUUAUGUAACUUCCUGCCAAGCUAUGAUGUCAUUUCCUGAUUACAUUUUAUUUAUUUACAGUUUUGUCAUUUAGUGGACGCUCUUAUCCAGAGCGACUUACUUUUUCAUACUGGUCCAUCUGUGGGAAUCGAACCCACAACCAAUGUUCCCUCUAAGCUGCGGGCGCUUAGUAGCCCCGAGACUGCCGCGCAGCUCCCCCGGGACUGCUGUGCAGAAAUAUUUGCCCACAGAGAGAAGCACGAGAUUGAACUUCACUCAACUUUCUAGAGCAGUGGUCACCAACCGAUCGAUUGGUAAUCUCCAAGGCAUUCCUAUUCGAUCACCAAACAUUUCUAUAAAAAAAACUGUUGUUUUUUUUAUUCGUCUAGGGCUGUUGGCGGUAGGUGCACCCGAUUCCACUGCCCUGUGCGCCACAUAGGCGAACUGUUGCCAUUUUGAACCAUUUCAUGUGUCUGAAGGUACAAACUCUGCCUUCCCGGCGGGCCCUGGGGAGCAAAUUAAGUGCACUAUAGGCCUACCGCUGGCCAAUCGGAUGGCUCAGAUGACCAUGUCUGCAGUAACGUAGCAGGCGUAAAAGAAAGCUACAGAAAAUGUGAUACUCUUUGAUUUCAAAACGUUUAAAACCAUGGCUAGAGAGAGACUGUCAGCGAAUACAGCAAAGAGAUGCUGUUUUUAUGAGUGAGUUCAUGUUUAAGUUCUUACUCAGCGCUGUCAACACUUUAUUCAACACUUUUAUAAGCCAUAAAAUGCGCGUUCUUCCUAUUUUCACUCAGCGCUACAACAAGCACUGUAAUGAAUGAGUAGGAAUGUGUAUCUAUAGGCUUGCGUUGUUAUUAUUAGCAGCCUGGGUCUUUUUUAAUAUCGAGGAAUAUUUCACUUUCUCAGUUCAUAGGAGUAACAACAUGAAUUUGUGCAUGAGGCAGAAAUAAUGCGGUGCGACUCGAGUUUUGCCAUCAUCUGGAAGACGGUGUUCCUUUUUGGAACUUAAAGCGGGUACAGCCUCAGUGUUCACAGUAAACACGCGCUGGAAGUUGCACAGAAUUUUCACAAUGUUGAAGUUUGCGCUCAGCAGACAUGAAAUUUGAGUGAACAUUGCCCUGGCGUUGCAAGAGACAUGCUCUACCAACUAAGCCUCUCGGGACUGUUGAACUAUGAUGCCACUUUCUGUCAAGCUAAACUCAGCAAAAAAAAGAAACGUCCCCUUUUCAGGACCCUGUCUUUCAAAGAUAAUUAGUAUAAAUCCAAAAAACUUCACAGAUCUUAAUUGUAAAGGGUUUAAACACUGUUUCCCAUGCUUGUUCAAUGAACCAUAAACAAUUAUUGAACAUGCACCUGUCGAACGGUCGUUAAGACACUAACAGCUUACAGACGGUAGGCAAUGCCACCAGCCAUACUGCUCGUUCUGUACGUGAUUUCCUGCAAGACAGUGUUCUGCCAUGGCCAGCGAAGAGCCCGGAUCUCAAUCCCAUUGAGCACGUCUGGGACCUGUUGGAUCGGAGGGUGUGGGCUAGGGCCAUUCCCCCCAGAAAUGUCCGGGAACUUGCAGGUGCCUUGGUGGAAGAGUGGGGUAACAUCUCACUGCAAGAACUGGCAAAUCUGGUCCAUGAGGAGGAGAUGCACUGCAGUACUUAAUGCAGCUGGUGGCCACACCAGAUACUGACUGUUACUUUUGAUUUGGACCCCACCCCCCCCCCCCCCCUUUGUUCAGGGACACAUUAUUCAAUAUCUGUUGGUAACAUGUCUGUGGAACUUGUUCAGUUCAUGUCUCAGUUGUUGAAUCUUAUGUUCAUACAAAUAUUUACACAUGUUAAGUUUGCUGAAAAUAAACGCAGUUGACAGUGAGAGGACGUUUCCUUUUUUGCUGAGUUUAUUACAUUUAUUGUCAAACUGACCCCUUUCAACAUUACAUGACAUCACUCCUAUCUUAGGAACAUGCAGAGCUAAUAUUGUGUUUAAGGGAGUUAUCUUUUCUAUAAUGGCGCUAAUUCUUGCAGUUAAAAUUCCCUGCAUCACAUAUGAUUGAAGCAUGGUAGUGUGCAUAUUAACAUUUCACUUUAAACAACUUUUAAUGUCUCGCUGUGUCCCCCCAGUCCUGGCGUACAUGCAGUUUGUGGAGGACUACUCGGAGCCCCAGCCCUCAGUGUUCUACCAGAUGCCGCAGAGCGAGAGCAUCUACGAGCAGAGGAACAAGCGCUUCCAGGAGGUCUACGGCUUCAACGACUCUUUCAGCAGCACAGACUCAGUCCACGAGCCCCUGCCCAUGCCCCUCUUCCCACCUCCCGCCCUGCCCCCCAAGCAGAGGCAGCUGGUGAGUGUGUGUGUGUGUGUGUUCCUCCUCAAGUCCUCACCACCCAAUCACACAUUCUGUUACUCUUCCUGACGACCCCACCUCACAGACCUCACCGGUGGAGAUUGAUGCACUGGUUAUGAUGGUGGCGUGUGCAAGUGCACACUUUGGGAAAGCGUGGAGAAUUUGGAGCCCAAGGUUUCUUGUGUAAGGUCUCCUUUCUGAGGUGGACAUCCAUGCGGUCAUGGUUGAGUGUUGAAUGGUUAAAUAUUUUACUCGUAGGGGUUUAUGGUUGGUGAUUUAACACUUCUAACUUAGUUUUAAAUCAACAAUUAAAUGAGGAAAUUUAAAAGGUGAAAGUUUAAGCCCCCUGUGGUGAAACCAAAACAGUGAGGUCAUGGUGCUGCAUGCUGUGGAGAUCACAACAGGAGUUAUUGCCUGGAGGUCAAAGGUGAGGGUCAGAUUCUGUAUGCUGUAUGACACCACAGAGGACAGUUGACCCCUGUCUAUAGGUCAUUGGCAGCCAGUGGUGUGGAACACAUGUCAAGUAUAAACUAUUUAAACACUUGCCCCCAAAUCCCCCUACCCCAAAACGUGUAAAUAUUGGACUAUAAAUUGUGCCUUCCUGUAUUAUAAUGUUUAUUCUAUUCUACUAGGCCAUUUACUUUGUUCAUAUUCUUAUAUUUUAUUUCCUAUUGUUGUUGCAUCGCCGAGAAGGAACCUGCAAGUAAGAAUUUCGUUGGACGGUGUAUACCGUGCGUAUCCCGUACAUACGACUAAUAAAACUCUUAAACUAGCCCCUAUGGAGGUGAAUGUGAAGCAGGGUUGUGUUCAUUAGGGCACGCAACAUAAAACGGUUAAAACGUUUUGCAAUGAGAAAUUAAAAUGAGCAUUUCUUAUUGGACAUGUCUAGGUAGUCACUUCCUGUUUCAGACCUUUUUCUUCAGUUUGAGGCCUGAAGAAGAACUCUGAGGUAACUUGCACGAGUGUGGUGUUUGUUGGCUGGGAAGGAUAGUAUUCCAGCGCUCCCUUCCUGCAGGAAUUCAUUCCUCAUCAAUUUUCUCUUUAUCUCUCCCCUGUUCAGUUCAGUCUGACAAGUCUCUCGUUAUUUCUUUCUCUUUUUCUCUCUCUAUCUCUCCAUCUACCCCCUGUCCUCUUCAGUCUGCCUAGUCUCUCUUUCUCUUUCUCGCUCUAAAUGGUGUAUGUCGGUGGUGGUGGUAACACCUACCAGAGAAGAUGAGACUUGUCUUUCUCAAUAUCAGUCCCUAUCAAAUCCAGUCAUCUUAUCUUAAUCCUGGUCGCCCUAGGUUAAUUGAGAUGACUGUCUGACUGACAGUCCGGUCGGUCAAUCAGUCAAUGGAGGGUAGAACCCAGGGGGAGGGGCUGGUCAGAUAGAUUAGAUUGGCCAAACUUCUUCAGGUUAAUGGGGAUUGGUUAAUCUUGGCUAAGGGUUGAGGUAUAAAAGUGGUAAGGUUAGAUUCUGCUUUAACCUGUGGAGGUAAACAUUUGGUUUGUCAGCCAUUUUUCUAAAGACUACACAUGGGGAGAGGCUAGAUGGCUACUGGACUCCCCAAUGGAAUCAUGGGCUAUUGACUGGGAGCCAGUAGGGGUGCAAUGGAUUCUGCACCCUUGGGUGGAUAUUGUGCUCAGUGCCUGAUUUAUCCACAACUAGAACACCAGUUUACAACCAGAAAAUGAAAAUACCCUGCAGGGUUAGACUAAUGUAAAUCAUACAUGGAUGUCUGUGGGAGAUUUGUGAAUGUAUUUUAAUUCCAUGCCUGGAUUUCACAUUGGGAUUGCACUCCUGCAGACCUCACUACAGUACAAUACUAUACAUACCCUCUCUCUCUCAGCGGUAGGUUAUCAUAACCCUCUAGUGUCCUGGUCUGCUGUUCUCCUUCUGCCAUCCACCAACCACUGUCUAUUUUAAGAUUCCCAGCCUUUUAGUUUGAUGAUUUCUGUUGUACACUCUACUAUACUGUACAGUCCAACUGUAUUUCUCUCCUACCUCUCUCCUGGUAAUCUUGGCUGGUGGUGUAGGGGGCUUGAAGAGGUUGUGGCCUGGGUAGGAUAAGCCUGUUUGGCCCCUAGUCCUCGUCCUGCCUUCCAAUAAGCCACCAUGUUACAGGCUUUAAACACUGACUUUACACGGCUUUGAGAAAAGAAAAGUAAUUUAGACGAUGGAGAGAGAAAGAGAAAGCGAAAAUCAAAUUUCUCCUCUGUUUCGAGGCGUGUAGUGUCUUUGAAGCAUAACCGUUCAGAGAGCAAGACGCUUGGUUAGGUUUAAGAUGGUCAGAUCCGAACACUGUUUGAGCGAUGGGCUAAACAGUUCUUGACUCUUUGGUGUGUUCUAACCCCUAGUGAUGACGCUUAGCUUUGACCUUUGCUGACCGUGUGGCUGAAUUAAUUUCCAGUGUCAGCAACAAGGAGUCUUCUGUGUUUUUCUUCUGUGGUAGAAGUUUCUACAUUCACAAGACUUCAUUUUGUUCUAAUGCUAUCCUGAACUUCACUCUCUUUUCUGGCUCGGUCUUUUAUCGCUCUAAUUCUGAAACGUGAUUUGAUCUUCAAACUGCUUCUGCUUUCUCUUCUUAGUGUGAUAAAGUUUCUUCUUCUUUAUUUUUUCUGUCUGCCUCCUUUCUCUCUUCUUCCUCCCUUUAAUGCUUAUCUUUCUCCCCCAUUCUCUUCUUAUUUAUCUUUCCACUCUCCUUUUUUCAUUCUUUCUCUCCUCCUCAGGCCUCCCACUCUUCUUCCCCCUCUUCUUCCUCAUCCUCCGCUCUGUCGUGCCACCUCCAGCCUUCAUUGGCGGCGGCAGCGGAGGAAGUGGGCUCCGGCCUGAGCCUCAGCCUAUUGGUCUCUAGCUCGUCCUACCUGAGUGGACACGCCUCGCUGACCACGCCCAUGGUGAGUCUACCUUCCUGACCCCGUGUGACCCCUGGGUGCGAGGGGCACACUGAGGAGGUCGGGGAGUAGCGGGGUAGGGGGUGAGCUUGACCCCCUCCUCUCAGAGAGAAGUGGUGUGUAUCUUCCUGUGGAAUCUAGAGGAAUGCAUGCCAUAUGGACCUGGCCUGAUGCAAAACAGAUUCCUCCUCUUGUCCUACUCUGCUUUCUCCUCUUCCUUCUCUUCUUCCCCUUUCUCCUUCCUCCUGACCUCUACCCUCUUCUGCCCCAUAAAUCAAAUCCAACAUUUAUUUAUAGUUUAAUUUAAACAUCACAGCAUCUCCCCCUCCUCUCUCUGUUACACAUAUCUUGCCUCUCUACCCCCACACCCCCCAUCACCCCUCAACCCCCACCCUGUGUGUGUGCCAGUGGAAUGUUCACAUUCCUAAAGUCCUCGGGGCAUGAUGUGUUGGGGGGAUGUCAUGGAGAUGGGAGGUCGGGGAAUAUUUUUCUGGUAAAAGUAAAGGAAAAUCUGUCAUUCAUAGAAUAGAAUAUAAAAUAUCUGCAAUAUUUCCCCCAACAGUCAUAUAUAGGAAUUUGAUUUAGUGCCAACGAUGUUAUUUCAGUGGUAAAUCGUUCUUCUCCGCUCUGUGUGUGUGUGUGCAUACCUGUGUUGUCUGUUAAGUAUGUUUUAUGGUCAUAGUUUUUUGGAGAAUGGUAUGUGGAACAUUUGUUGGGUGGAAAGAAAAUAAGCCGGCCUUAAGAUUUCAGUGAAAACGUCAUAGUUUGUUCUCCCUCCACUUUUGCAGACCCAAGGUGCUGUAGGUUUAGUGUGUGUGCAUGCUUGCUUGCCAGUGUCUGUGUGUGUGUGUGUGUGUGAGUGAGAGAGAGGGAGAGAGUGUGUGUGUCUGCGUGUGAGUGGUGCUAUGUGGUGUUUAUCAGUGAUCUAUGUGCUGGCUGCUCUGUCUGUGCUGGUAUGUGUAAAGGAACAUAACGGGGUUGAUAUGCACAACAUUUUACAGCAGGUUAGCUCUCUGCCCACAGGAGUCUACUCACCUGGACACCAUGACCACACACACAACCCCACACACACACACACACAUUCUCAGACAUGCCCACACACACACAAUCUCAGACACACAUUUGUGCAUUGUAAAUAUACCAUAUUUAUCUGGUGGUGUUUUUGUAAUCAUAUUGUGAUGCUUUUCCUUGUCACUUGUGCAACAUCUAGUUUAUGGCGAAAUCAUUGCUUUAGGUGUGUUGUAUAUUCAGGUGUGUCUCGCAUGUUCAGGUGUGUUCCUGGCUAUGUGAAAGGCAUAGAAAGAUUGAUAUCAGUCCAUUCAUUGUUACAGUAUGUUGAAUUACAUUAGUCCAGGUUAGUAGGAGUCUAGGAAGUGCUGGAGACUUUCUUUCAACUUUUCACUUCCUUUUCAGCUUUGACCUGAUUCUAUCUGCUGUCUUUACCUUAUCCUUUUUUCCUUCUUCCUGGUUUCCUUUCCUACUCCCCACCAAUCGCAGAGCUCGGACCAGGUCGCCUUGGCCGAUGCCACCCUAUUGGAUGGCAGCGGGGGCGGGCCCGACGGUUCCCUGGCCGACCUAUUGGGCUCUGUGGCCGUCUGUCUUCCUUCCUCUGCGACCACUUCUCUUCUCACUGACUCUCUCCUCCACACCUCGGCAGCGGUGAGCUCACAGGCAGACAGACAGAAAGGCAGGCAGGCAGACACCUACACAGACAAAUCUAGCCUAACUCCCAGACAGACAGACAGACAGACAGACAGACAGACAGACAGACAGACAGACAGACAGACAGACAGACAGACAGACAGACAGACAGACAGACAGACAGAUAAACGAUGAUAACGGAGAUAUGAUUCAGUAAUAAGGUGUAAUUUAAAGGUGGAUGCACAUCAGACAAUAACAUUGUUGGUGACUCAUUGAGUUCCUGGAUGCUUGUCAUAUCAGUAAUCACAAAGCAUCAAAGCUGUGGACCAUAGUGAAAGAUGUCCUUCUGUUUCUGUGAUGUUGACCACCUUAUAUUUAGGCUAUUUUAUUAUCCUAACUUGUGACUGUAUUCUCCUAUUCACCAUCAUGUGUAACAGACGUACAUUUUACUGAAAUACUGUACACAUUAAACACUAAUCACCAGUGCCACCUGGUGGCCAAUUCUUGACACUUACAUACAGUAGAAACCAUACCACCAUCUCCAUGCCUCAUCUUACCCCUGAGCUUGCUGUCCCCAUAGAGAUACAAUAUGUUCUAUUUAAUUCCGUGGCCUUCCCUCUUCUCUUCACGUAGAGUGUGGACGAGGCUGGCGAGGGUGGCGAGGGUGAGUAUGUCAACCUCUAUUCAUCCAGCCAGGCCAACGGGGAGCUGGAGCUGCCACUCUGCCUCAGAGUAAGUAACACUCAACCUAGAACAUAUGUCCUAACCACAGAUCUAGGAUCAAAUCAUUCUACCCACAAUCCUAACUGUAACCAUUAGGGGGAUGAUCAAAGAUCUGAUCCCCUAUCAGUGGUUAAUAACUUAUACCUAUUCAAUUCUACCUGUGCCAACAGUUAUUUUAUGAAGACAGCGUUUGUAUACAUGAUGUGUUGGUGUUCCAUGUUUCCUGCUCCUCAACCUACCUUGACAGAGCUUACUCUUCCCUAACAGGAGCCAAUCUCUGCUGUCGACGUCCUUCAAGACCCCGCUCCACAGAUGCCCUCCUCCAAUAGCAAGGAGGCUCUGGACAAGGACAGGUAAGGGAUCGAGUGGCCACUAGGGUCACAUUGCAUUAACACUCUCCCAUUCAGCCGUUACGUCAUUACUUGAUCCGGUGAUCCUAGAAGCUAAAACGCCAAUUGAAUGAAAUGGAUACUGAUUAAUGACAAAUUCUAUAUGAAAGCAUAGAGAUAGAAUUACUAGAGGAGACAAAGUCCAUUCAUCAAUUUGAAUGGAACACUUUUCAUGGGUAACAAUUCUAUUAUAGGUAGUCAUUCUAUUUCUAUGUAUGUAAGUCCAGGUAAAGUGAUCUAACGGUGCUUCUGUCUGUCUGUCUGUCCGUCAGUAGGAGGCAGAAGUCGACAGACUCUGCACCGGGUGAUGGGGAGGAAGUGGAUGAGCUCUCUCUCAUCGACCACAAAGAGAUAAUGUCCAGGAUUACACUAAAACAAGAGGUAAUGCCGCCCUCAUUCAUUAUUGCACUAACAUUAUUACCACCAAUGUCUAUUGGCUAAGCAUUGUCUAAAGAAAAGUGUGUGGUUAUCUAUGGCUACUGCCCUUUCUUUCAAUGUGAUUCUAUUCAUAAUAACAAUAUAAUAUAUGCCACUUUUAUUCAAAUUUGUAAGUCAUGCGUUUUUAAGCAUUUUAAGAGUGGGUGGUCCCAGGUAUUCAUGUUACAUAAUGUAAGUGAGAGGCUGAAACAAGAAACUAUUCCGUCAGUAGAGGAUGCCUGGUUGUAGAGGAUGCCUGGUUGUUCUUUAAAAGUAAUUUCCUCUCAAUCUUAAAUAAACAUGCCCCAUUCAAAAAAUACAGAACUAAGAACAGAUAUAGCCCCUGGUUCUCCUCAGACUUGACUGCCCUUGACCAGCACAAAAACAUCCUGUGGCGUACUGCAUUAGCAUCAAAUAGCCCCCGCGAUAUGCAACUUUUCAGGGAAGUUAGGAACCAAUAUACACAAGCAGUUAGGAAAGCAAAGGCUCACUUUUUCAAACAGAAAUUUGCAUCCUGUAGCACUAACUCCAAAAAGUUUUGGGACACUGUAAAGUCCAUGGAAAAUAAGAGCACUUCCUCCCAGCUGCCCACUGCACUGAGGCUAGGAAACACUAUCACCACCGAUAAAUCUACAAUAAUCGAGAAUUUCAACAAGCAUUUUGCUACGGCUACGCCAUGCUUUCCACCUGGCUACGCCAUGCUUUCCACCUGGCUACCACUACCCCGGCCACCAGCUCUGCACCCUCCGCUGCAAUUUGCCCAUGCCCCCCCCGCUUCUCUUUCACACAAAUCCAGACAGCUGAUGUUCUGAAAGAGCUGCAAAAUCUGGACCCCUACAAAUCAUCUGGGCUAGACAAUCUGGACCCUUUCUUUCUAAAACUAGCCGCCGAAAUUGUCGCAACCCCUAUUACUAGCCUGUUCAAUCUCUCUUUCGUAACGUCUGAGAUCCCCAGAGAUUGGAAAGCUGCCGCGGUCAUCCCCCUCUUCAAAGGGGGUGACACUCUAGAUCCAAACUGUUACAGACCCAUAUCCAUCCUGCCCUGCCUUUCAAAAGUUUUUGAAAGCCAAGUCAACAAACAGAUCACCGACCAUUUCGAAUUCCACCGUACCUUCUCCGCUAUGCAAUCCGGUUUCCGAGCUGGUCAUGGGUGCACUUCAGCCACGCUCAAGGUCCUAAACGAUAUUAUAACCGCGAUCGAUAAUAGACAGUACUGUGCAGCCGUUUUCAUUGACCUGGCCAAGGCUUUCGACUCUGUCAACCACCACAUUCUUAUUGGCAGACUAAAUAGCCUUGGUUUCUCAAAUGACUGCCUCGCCUGGUUCACCAACUACUUCUCAGAUAGAGUUCAAUGUGUCAAAUCGGAGGGCCUGUUGUCUGGACCUAUGGCAGUCUCUAUGGGGGUGCCACAGGGUUCAAUUCUUGGGCCGACUCUUUUCUCUGUGUAUAUCAAUGACGUCGCUCUUGCUGCUGGUGACUCUCAGAUCCACCUCUACGCAGACGACACCAUUUUGUAUACAUCUGGCCCUUCAUUGGACACUGUGUUAACAAACCUCCAAACGAGCUUCAAUGCCAUACAACACUCCUUCAGUAGCCUCCAACUGCUCUUAAACACUAGUAAAACUAAAUGCAUGCUCUUCAACCGAACGCUGCUUGCACCCGCCCACCCGACUAGAAUCACUACUCUCGACGGGUCUGACCUAGAGUAUGUGGACAACUACAAAUAUCUAGGUGUCUGGUUAGACUGUAAACUCUCCUUCCAGACUCACAUUAAGAAUCUCCAAUCCAAAGUUAAAUCUAGAAUCGGUUUCCUAUUUCGCAACAAAGCCUCCUUCACUCAUGCUGCCAAACAUGCCCUCGUAAAACUGACUAUCCUACCGAUCCUUGACUUCGGCGAUGUAAUUUACAAAAUAGCCUCCAACACUCUACUCAGCAAAUUGGAUGUAGUCUAUCACAGUGCCAUCCGUUUUGUCUCCAAAGCCCCAUAUACUACCCACCACUGUGACCUGUACGCUCUUGUUGGCUGGUCCUCACUACAUAUUCGUCGCCAAACCCACUGGCUCCAGGCCAUCUAUAAAUACCUGCUAGGCAAAUCCCCGCCUAAUCUUAGCUCAUUGGUCACCAUAGCAACACCCACCCGUAGUCUGCGCUCCAGCAGGUAUAUCUCACUGGUCAUCCCCAAAGCCAACACCUCCUUUGGCCGCCAUUCCUUCCAGUUCUCUGCUGCCAGUGACUGGAACAAAUUGCAAAAAUCUCUGAAGCUGGAGACUCUUAUCUCCCUCACUAACUUUAAGCAUCAGUUGUCAGAGCACCUUACCGAUCACUGCACCUGUACACAGCCCAUCUGAAAUUAGCCCGCCCAACUACCUCAUCCCUAUAUUGUUAUUUAUUUUGCUAAUUUGUACCCCAGUAUCUCUAUUUGCACAUCAUCUCUUGCACAUCUAUCAUUCCAGUGUUAAUACUAUUGUAAUUAUUUUGCACUAUAGCCUAUUUAUUGCCUUACCUCCAUAACUUGCUACAUUUGCACACACUGUAUAUAUAUGUAUUUCUGUUGUAUUUUUGACUUUGUUUUGUUUUACCCCAUAUGUAACUCUGUGUUGUUGUUUUUAUCGCACUGCUUUGCUUUAUCUUGGCCAGGUCGCAGUUGUAAAUGAGAACUUGUUCUCAACUGGUUUACCUGGUUAAAUAAAGGUGAAAUAAAUAAACAAAUAAAAAAAAUAAAAAAUGCAAAUAAGAAAACUUCACUCUCAGUCCACUAUUGACCUCUAGAGUUCAUUCUCAGGAACUGCAGGAUACAUUUCCCCCAUUAAAAUCCCCUUUCCUUUUGUCUGUUUGGUGCAGUCUGACAGGCAGGAGAGUGUGUGUGUGCGUGUGUGUGUGAUUGUGUGAAAUGCUGGUCCCCACUCUGCAAGGUCAGAUGUAGCAAGAGGGAGGGAGAGAGGGAAAAAAGGGAGGGAGGAAAGAGGAUAAGAGAAGGGAGGUCUGGUUAAACAACAAAGGACAGCUGUAGCGGUAAACGAGGGUAUUAUUGUUGGAUCUGUCAGCUUGUGUGAUCAGCCUGUGUCCUGCGUAUGCCAGCUCUCUCUCUCUCUCUCUCUCUCUCUCUCUCUCUCUCUCUCUCUCUCUCUCUCUCUCUCUCUCUCUCUCUCUCUCUCUCUCUCUCUCUCUCUCUCUCUCUCUCUCUCUCUCUCUCUCACACUCAUCAGUGGAGCUGGUGCAGGGCUGGAAGGGAGGGAGGGUGAGCAUGGACAGAGAGAGAGAGAGCUGCAUUUUGGGCUAGACUGCAUUUUUGCCUUAAUCCUCAUCAAUUCUCUACCUAACCCUUUUUCUCUCUACUUCUCUCUAUCCCUCUAUAUGCCUUGCCCCUCACUGCUCUCUUUUUCUCCAUGUCUCCCUCCAUCUCUCUCUUUCUCUCUCCAUCUCGCUCUCUCAUUCUCUCUCUCAGAAUGAUGAUGGUCCUGACGUGCGUGCUGGAUCAGGGGAUAUUCUGUUAGUUCACGCCACAGAGACGGACCGCAAAGGUAGGUAGUGUUUAUCACCGUUCGACAGCAGCCACCAUUAGAAUGUGUGGUUCUGGGUCAGUGGCACAGGCUGUGUGUGUGUGUGUGUGUGUGUGUGUGUGUGUGUGUGCGCGCGCGUGCGGAUCUGGUUCAAACCGGAGGGAUCCAAUCACACUUUCUGUCUGUUAAAUUGUUGUACAGUACAGUGAUGUCAGUAUAUUCUCCCUUUUCACUCUGCAUGUGAACAGUUAUAGAAUAGAUAAAUCUCGAUAUAGAUGGAAUAUUCCUGUUCUCCAGUAAAUUUUUCUCUGUAUAUCAGAAUAGAGAUGACCUAUUACCUAUCUAUUCAUGUCCUCCCUCCAUGCUUUCUAAAGUUCAGAGGAGCCAACGUUAGUUCUCGACCUCAGACUUAAAGGGGCGGUGUUCUCCUCUGCUCCCCAACAGAUCUAGUGUUGUACUGUGAAGCCUUCCUGACCACGUACAGGACAUUCAUAAGCCCAGAGGACCUCAUUAAGAAGCUGCACUACAGAUAUCCUUUGAAACCCACCGGACAUGUGUUGGUCGCCUCGAGUGUCUCAAUGGCUAGAUACUGUGUGUGUUGGAAAGACAGUGGAAAACGUGUGUGUACGUGUGUGUGUGUGUUUACUAUGAGGAGAAAGAGUUCAGAAUAUGUAUUCUCCUUCACCACCAAGCACAUAUACCAGGUUCUGUCACAGUCCAGACACGUUUAAGAAGCGGGUCAGCAAGAACACCUUCUUUGUGCUGGUUCGUGUGGUGGAUGAGCUGUGGUGAGUAUGGAUGAGCCACACUAAUGGCUUUUUACUCCAAGAAAGUCCCAAGGGUCUCCAACAGUUUUUCUGGCCAGUAGCUAGCUUGAAGAGAUUUUGAAGGAAUUAUGUAUUUAUUUACGUGUCAAAUCGUCAGUUGGUCUUACAGGAUUGGUUGGCACAUUGUUAAACAAAUAUACAUUACAGUGAUCGAUAGUGAUGGCUAGAUGUUGAGGCGAUGACUUGUACUAGUUAACUCACAUAUCCCCCGCUCUUUUCCUUUCCUCCCUCUCUUUCCUCCCUCCAAGUCUGGUAGAGUUGACAGAGGACAUCCUGAAGCAGCUGAUGGACCUGGUGUUCAGGCUGGUGUGUAACGGCGAGCUGAGCCUGGCCCGCGUGCUCCGCAAGAACAUCCUGGACAAGGUCUGUCUGAGCUUUGUUUGUAAAUGAAAAGCACUAUACUAUAUACUGUAAAUCAAAUCAAAUGCCAUUCUAAACGUAUUGUUGUCCAGGUGGAGCAGAAGAAGCUGCUACGCUGCACCAACUCUCUCAAGCCGUUGGCCGCCCGGGGCGUGUCCGCCAGGUAUGGAUCAACAUGGGGUCAAGGGUCAGGAGAGUAUGGGAGGGGGCUAGAGCAACCACUUCUUGCAUUUGCUUAUACCAUUGAUUUGUUUGCUUUCUCUGUCAUUAAGCAUUUGUGUGGGUGGGUGGGUUGGUUAUUCUAUCCUUGUGGGGACCUAAAAUUCCCCAAAAUUCCCACAAGGACAGUAAAACAAGGAACAUUCUACUUCGUGGGGACAUUUCCCACGUCCCCAUGAGGACAAAAGCUACACGGCAAAAGUAUGUGGACACCUGCUUGUUGAAGAUCUCCUUGCAAAAUCAUGGGCAUUAAUAUGGCGUUGGUCCCCCCUUUGCUGCUAUAACAGCCUCCACUCUUCUGGGAAGGGUUUCUACUAGAUGUUGGAACAUUGCUGCGGGGACCUGCUUCUAUUCAGCCACGAGCAUUAGUGAGGUCGGGUACUGAUGUUGGACGAUUAGGCCUGGCUCGCAGUCGGUGUUCCAAUUCAUCCCAAAGGUUUUUCGAUGGGGUUGAAGUCAGGGCUCUGUGCAGGCCAGACAAGUUCUUCCACACCAAUCUCGACAAACCAUUUCUGUAUGGACCUCGCUUUGUGCACGGGGGCAGUGUCAUGCUGAAACAGGAAAGGGCCUUCCCCAAACUGUUGCCACAAAGUUGGAAGCACAGAAUCGUCUAGAAUGUAAUUGUAUGCUGUAGCGUUAAGAUUUCCCUUCACUGGAACUAAGGAGCCUUAGCUUUACACCACUCCAGCCGACGCUUGGCAUUGUGCAUUGUGAUCUUAGGCUUGUGUGCGGCUGCUCAGCCAUGGAAACCCAUUUCAUGAAGCUCCCGACGAACAGUUAUUGUGCUGACAUUGCUUCCAGAGGCAGUUUGGAACUCGGUAGUGAGUGUUGCAACCGAGGACAGACCGAUUUUUACUCGCGCUUCAGCACUCGGCGGUCCUUUUUUGUGAGUUUGUGUGGCCUACCGCAUGGUGGCUGAGCCGUUGUUGCUCCUAGACAUUUCCACUUCACAAUAACAGCACUCAGUUGACCGGGGCAGCACUAGCAGGGCAGAAAUUUGACGAACUGACUUGUUGGAAAGAUGGCAUCCUCUGACAAUGCCACGUUGAAAGUCAAUGAGUUCUUCAGUAUGGCCAUUCUACUGCCAAUGUUUGUCUAUGGAGAUUGCAUGGCUGUGUGCUCGAUUUUAUACACCUGUCAGCAACUUGAAGGGUUGUACACAUACUUUUGUAUAUAUAGUGCAUUUUAAGCAUACAGUGGGGGAAAAAAAGUAUUUAGUCAGCCACCAAUUGUGCAUGUUCUCCCACUUAAAAAGAUGAGAGAGGCCUGUAAUUUUCAUCAUAGGUACACGUCAACUAUGACAGACAAAUUGAGGAAAAAAUUUCCAGAAAAUCACAUUGUAGGAUUUUUAUGAAUUUAUUUGCAAAUUAUGGUGGAAAAUAAGUAUUCGGUCACCUACAAACAAGCGAGAUUUCUGGCUCUCACAGACCUGUAACUUCUUCUUUAAGAGGCUCCUCUGUCCUCCACUCGUUACCUGUAUUAAUGGCACCUGUUUGAACUUGUUAUCAGUAUAAAAGACACCUGUCCACAACAUCAAACAGUCACACUCCAAACUCCACUAUGGCCAAGACCAAAGAGCUGUCAUAGGACACCAGAAACAAUAUUGUAGACCUGCACCAGGCUGGGAAGACUGAAUCUGCAAUAGGUAAGCAGCUUGGUUUGAAGAAAUCAACUGUGGGAGCAAUUAUUAGGAAAUGGAAGACAUACAAGACCACUGAUAAUCUCCCUCAAUCUGGGGCUCCACGCAAGAUCUCACCCCAGAACCACACAGGGGGACCUAGUGAAUGACCUGCAGAGAGCUGGGACCAAAGUAACAAAGCCUACCAUCAGUAACACACUACGCCGCCAGGGACUCAAAUCCUGCAGUGCCAGACGUGUCCCCCUGCUUAAGCCAGUACAUGUCCAGGCCCGUCUGAAGUUUGCUAGAGUGCAUUUGGAUGAUCCAGAAGAGGAUUGGGAGAAUGUCAUAUGGUCAGAUGAAACCAAAAUAUAACUUUUUGGUAAAAACUCAACUCGUUGUGUUUGGAGGACAAAGAAUGCUGAGUUGCAUCCAAAGAACACCAUACCUACUGUGAAGCAUGGGGGUGGAAACAUCAUGCUUUGGGGAUGCUUUUCUGCAAAGGGACCAGGACGACUGAUCCGUGUAAAGGCAAGAAUGAAUGGGGCCAUAUAUCGUGAGAUUUUGAGUGAAAACCUCCUUCCAUCAGCAAGGGCAUUGAAGAUGAAACGUGGCUGGGUCUUCCAGCAUGACAAUGAUCCCAAACACACCGCCCGGGCAACGAAGGAGUGGCUUCGUAAGAAGCAUUUCAAGGUCCUGGAGUGGCCUAGCCAGUCUACAGAUCUCAACCCCAUAGAAAAUCUUUGGAGGGAGUUGAAAGUCCGUGUUGCCCAGCGACAGCUCCAAAACAUCACUGCUCUAGAGGAGAUCUGCAUGGAGGAAUGGGCCAAAAUACCAGCAACAGUGUGUGAAAACCUUGUGAAGACUUACAGAAAAUGUUUGACCUGUGUCAUUGCCAACAAAGGGUAUAUAACAAAGUAUUGAGAAACUUUUGUUAUUGACCAAAUACUUAUUUUCCACCAUAAUUUGCAAAUAAAUUCAUUAAAAAUCAUACAAUGUGAUUUUCUGGAUUUUUUUCUCUCAUUUUGUCUGUCAUAGUUGACGUGUACCUAUGAUGAAAAUUACAGGCCUCUCUCAUCUUUUUAAGUAGGAUAACUUGCACAAUUGGUGGCUGACUAAAUAAAUGUUUUCCCCACUGUAGGUGUUAGGGUUAGGGUUAGAAUUAGGGUAAAGGGUUAGGGUUAUGGGUUAACGUUUAGGGUUAGGGAAAAUAGGAUUUUGAAUGGAAAUGAAUUUUCCGUCCCAACGAGGAUAGAAGAACAUAAUGUGUGUGUGUGUUACUACAGGCCCGGAACGCUGCAUGACUUCCGCAGCCAUGAGAUUGCCGAUCAGCUCACACUACUGGAUGCAGAACUGUUCUACAAAAUCGAGGUACCAGAGAGCACCUUUUCUUCACAUUCACUGCAGAGAAAUUGACAUUCUGCUCCAGUGACUGAUCUCUUCUCUCUCCUUCUUUGUCUAUUUUGAUAGAUUCCUGAGGUGUUGCUUUGGGCCAAGGAACAGAACGAGGAGAAGAGUCCCAAUCUGACACAGUUCACAGAGCACUUUAACAACAUGAGCUACUGGUGAGAGCUGGACCUGAGCCUAAACAUAUAGCCUGUCUAUGCAUUACCAAUCUCCCACCAUAUAAAUCACCUAGCUUUGUAAUGACCAGUCAACACCUCACAAUGGCACAUUUUCUCUUUCUCACACACACACACACACACCAUCUCGCUUUCAAUUCGAUUCAAUGGGCUUUAUUGGCAUGGGAAACAUAUGUUUACAUUGCCAAAGCAAGUGAAAUAGAUUAUUUAAUAAAGUGAAAUAAACGAUCCAAAAUGAACAGUAAACAUUACACUCAUAAAGGUUUCAAAGGAAUAGAGACAUUUCAAAUGUCAUAUUAUGGCUAUGUACAGUGUUAUAACGAUGUGCAAAUAGUUAAAGUACAAAAGGGAAAAUAAAUAAACAAAUAUGGGUUGUAUUUACAGUGGUGUUUGUUCUUCACUGGUUGCCCUUUUCUUGUGGCAACAGGUCACAAAUCUUGCUGCUGUGAUGGCACAGUGUGGUAUUUCACCCAAUAGAUAUGGGAGUUUAUCAAAAUUGGAUUCGUUUUCGAAUUCUUUGUGGGUCUGUGUAAUCUGAGGGAAAUAUGUGUCUCUAAUAUGGUCAUACAUUUGGCAGGAGGUUUGGAAGUGCAGCUCAGUUUCCACCUCAUUUUGUGGGCCAGGUCUGCCUACAGCGACCUCUCUCAAUAGCAAGGCUAUGCUCACUGAGUCUGUACAUAGUCAAAGCUUUCCCUAAUUAUGGGUCAGUCACUGUGGUCAGGUAUUCUGCCACUGUGUACUCUUUGUUUAGGGCCAAAUAGCAUUCCAGUUUGCUCCGUUUUUUGGUGAUUUUUUUCCAAUGUGUCAAGUAAAUCUAUUUUUGUUUUCUCAUGAUUUGGUUGGGUCUAAUUGUGUUGCUGUCCUGGGGCUCUGUGGGGUCUGUUUGUGUUUGUGAACAGAGCCUCAGGACCAGCUUGCUUAGGGGACUCUUCUCUAGGUUAAUCUCUCAGUAGGUUAUGGCUUUGUUAUGGUAGGUUUGGGAACCGCUUCCUUUUAGGUGGUUGUAGAAUUUAACGGCUCUUUUCUGGAUUUUGAUAAUUAGCGGGUAUCGGCCUAAUUCUGCCCCAGACCUCACAACCAUAAAGGGCAAUGGGUUUUAUAACUGAUUCAAGUAUUUUUAGCCAGAUUCUAAUUCUCUCUCACACUCAACACUGUGUAUUUGUCCUCUAGGGUGCGCUCUCUAAUCAUUCAGCAGGAGAAAGCCCAGGACCGAGAGAAGCUGCUCCUCAAGUUUAUCAAGAUCAUGAAGGUAAUCAACCUCGACAUUUAUACAACCACAGCCUGGUUAACUAAUACAUCUAGUUGAUGAUUAACUCUCUGGACAACUGUUCUUAUCCUAUUUUUCUUCUUCUCAUGUAGCACUUACGAAAGUUGAACAAUUUCAACUCAUACUUGGCAAUAUUGUCUGCCCUGGACUCGGCCCCCAUCCGCAGACUGGAGUGGCAGAAACAGACUUCAGAGGUGAGUCAAACAGUAGUGGAUCAAGUCUGACAUAGAGAUAUAUGGUAUAACUAUACUAGAUAUUCAUACUAAAGUCUUUAAAUUCUAUUGCUAUGUCUCACUUUAAUAUACUCAGGUAUCGGGGUGUGUAAUGGGUAGAACACAUUGUAACACACACUCUCGUUCUCUCACAGGGAUUGGAGGAAUACUGCACGUUGAUUGACAGCUCAUCGUCUUUCAGAGCGUACCGGGCGGCUCUGGCCGACGUGGAGCCUCCGUGCAUCCCUUACCUGUAAGUCUGUUUCUGAACAUGUGCAUCUGAGCUAGGUAAUGUUCAAUGAAAGUGUAUGUGGUUGUGUGUGUUUUGCCUAUUCUUCCUAGGACUGUUUGUCUCUAUUUAAACUAAUCUCUCUCUUCCAUUCCUCUCUUUUCUUCCUCUCCUUUCCCAGCGGUCUGAUCCUGCAGGACCUGACCUUUGUCCACCUGGGGAACCCCGACCUCAUCGACGGAAAGGUCAACUUCUCCAAGCGCUGGCAGCAGUUCAACAUCCUGGACAGUAUGAGGCGUUUCCAGCAAGUGUGAGUAUUUUAUUUUAUUUAACCUUUAUGUAAGCAGGGAAGUCCCAUUGAUACCCAUUUAUAUGAGGGGACACGUGUGAGUAGAACUGUUGUGCCAUGAGAAAAGCAUCCACAAAUCUCCAAACAGAUUGAGAGUGUGGUAACCUUACAUUACGAUAGAUGAAUAUGGUAUAUUUAAUGUAAUUCAAUAAGACUACAAUAAUUGUCCCAUAAGAGGUAAGCAGUAAUCCACAGCGUACAUUAAAACCUCCCCCCCAGCCUCAAUUUGUCGGGGCAUGGACUCUACAAGGUGUCAAAAGCGUUCCACAGGGAUGCUGGCCCAUGUUGACUCCAAUGCUUCCCACAGUUGUGUCAAGUUGUCUGUAUGUCUUUUGGGUGGUGGAACAUUCUUGAUACACACAGGAAACUGUUGAGCGUGAAAAACCCAGCAGCGCUGGGAUGGCACACAUACAUGGCACACAUACACAAUCCAUGUCUCAAUUGUCUCAAGGCUUAAAAAUCCUGUCUCCUCCCCUUCAUCUACACUGAAUUGGAUUUAACAAGUGACAUCAAAAAGGGAUCAUAGCUUUCACCUGAAUUUACCUGGUCAGUCUGUCAUGGAAAGACAUAGGCAUCUCGUUGAUCGACUUGUUCUGUCUUUCCCACCCACCGCAGGCAUUACGAGCUGAAGCGCAACGAUGACAUAGUCUGCUUCUUCAACGACUUCAGCGACCAUCUGGCCGAGGAGGCGUUGUGGGAGCUCUCGCUGAAGAUCAAGCCUCGCAACAUCACCCGGCGGAGGACGGAGCGCGAGGAGAAGACUUAG